GGCGCGCAACGUUCGCGGGCCGAGAGAACCGCCGCCGGAGAGGCAGAGAAAAAAAAAGCCGGCCCGGCAAUCAGCUGUACAAGUACAAUGUGUACAAUGUUAAUAACUAUUGUACAUGUAUAAUACGCGCACGCACAUGCACGUCUCAAACACCACGCUGAGUCGCGUAUUGUUAUGAUCGCGAUAAAGGUCGUCAACGCUCGCGGUUUACGUUCAAUUUUGUCCACCGUCAUCCGUGUACCACGCCAUCGCGAGCUGCCCGUGCGUUUGUUGUACCCUCGUCGUAAUAACCUAACCGUAACGGUUAGAUAAUUGUAUUAACAUAACGUACUGUGGGACGCGAAUCACGGAUAUCGGAACGAGCGUCGUCUUGUGUCGUCGCCGCCGACUGUACACGUAAUAUAAUAACCGACGUCACAACAUAUUAUUAUGUCGGCCAACGACGUGACGGUCGUUGUUGAGCCACCCGCGGCGUCCGUCGACGGCGACGACGGCGGCGGUGGCUUCAGCGAUACCGAUCGAAGACGGUGCCGACAACAACAACAACAACAACAACAAAAAAAACAACAGCGGAUUGGCGGAUCGUCUGCCGCCGGCGCAGUCGGCACGACGACGUUGGACGGCGUACAGCGCGAAUCGUGGCCGUCUGCAGCUGGUGCGGACGACGGAGACGACGACGACGACUACGACGCCAAAGGUGACGGCGGCAUCGCCGAACGGACGCCCCUGUUAAACAACUGCAACAGACAGAGCGCGUGCGACGGAGACGUAUGCUUGGUCGGCGAGGGGUAAGUGAACACAGUCUUUUAUUUGCAAUUUUUUUUUUCUCGUCUCAAUACUUCUGAGCGAACGAGUUGGCCGCGCGACAACGGCGAUCCGACUGCGCUUCCGCCGCCGUCGCCGCCGCCCUACCGCCGCUGUUUGCAAAUCUGCCCGUGACAGGCCAACGCAAUCUGUGACACGAUUCAAUGAAUGAACGUGUCGAAUUACGGAAGUCGCGAAUUAUUUACGUGUCGAGAGCCUAUCGGGAUUCAGUGCCGUUCUCAACCUACACGAACGUUUUCGUUUAUCGGAUUUUCAAACGGAUGUCGUUCGCGAUUGGUCGGUUAUUGUUUUAAAAUCCGUUUGAAAAUCGACGUUUAUGAGAACGGCUCUUGAUGGCGUGUUGCUCCGCAGACGCGUCUUAUAGUCCGGCUCGGCUGUAAUGGUAGAAAAUCAGGCGGCUCGUGUCAUCGACCUCCACGCCGAGAGCGUGCAGUCCCCUCUAUAUGUUUCACAGUCUCAAUGUAUCAGUUUUCAGACGGUUUUCGAGCCAUUGCGCCGAGAGUCGAUACACACACUCGAUAGCUCAAUAUAUAAUACGUUUAUAUUAAAAAUAAUAUAAACGUAUAUCUUUUUUGUUUUAGGUCGUUUAAAAAAAAAAAAUCCAUAACGAAAACGAUACUGUGCAAAGUAUGAUUAGUCAUAUUUUAGAUUCUGAGCGUAACGGGGAAUGUAUUGGUUAUACUGUGACGUGUGAUACUAUGUUUGUGUCUCUGUAAACAAUUUUUAUAAGAAAGGUCUUGUUCGAAUAAAGAAAAAAUUGUUUGUUUCAUCAUUUUAAAUUUGUUUGGUUUAGUUUUUCAAUCAGAAAUCAUACACCGAAAUUCAAGUGAUACAUAUUUUCCGAAAUAAAUAAUCGCUUUCUUGUUGGUGUGCAAUAAAGUCGUUUUUUGAUUUUCUGUAUAGUUUUCUCUGCAAUAAUUGGGAAAAAUUUUGGCAAAAUGGGGACGUUUUUUAAUGGUUUCAUCAUUUUCAAUUUUGUUUUUUUGUUGUAAUUCGAUUGAUAAUAAACUUAGAGAGCUGACAUUUUUAUAGAAUACUUAUAUACGUCUUUUAUAAACGUAGUGAAAAUUGUUUAGUUUUUAUUUGGUUUGAUGCGGAUAAAAUUGUGUAACCGAACAGAAAUGCUAGACAAUUUAAUACGAGGUUCGUUGUAAGUUAUCAUUGUCGAAAAAAAAACUUGAGUAUAAUGUAGUCUUAGCGUUUUAAGAUCAAAUUUUACCCAAAAUCGUAAUUUGUACCUACGAAAUUUCAAAAUAUGUACUCGUAUUACCGAACUUCACACAGAAUCAUUUUUCGUAAGCAAUGGUCUAUCGAUGGGUACUGAUAUAAAUUUAAUAAAUGUAUGUAUCCCACAUUAUUAACUUGUCAACUAUAAUAGUGGCAGUUCGUCUUUUUCACCUUUGUCACCGAGGUUGUCCUAAAAUUAACAAAAGUUACAUAAAAACUUGUCAGUUUUAACGAUUUAUUAGAAAAUGAGAAUCUAAAAGGUGAUUUUCAGAGACCAGAUAUCACUUUUAUAUUACUUUUGUAUUACCGUCGACACUGUUAUUUCGUUGUUUCUAUUAUCGUUUUCUAUAUUUAGGGGCGUCGUCGGAUUGAACUAUAUAUAAAGUGACCUUUUAUAUUAUAACGUUUUAAGCCGGUGUACUGUAGCACAAAACUUGUUUAACGUGUUUAAAUAGAGUAAUUCCAGUAUUGGUAUCUUUAUCCAUCUUUGUAAAGUCGAUAGAUCUUUGCAGUUCUUGCGAAUACCUACUCUAAAAUAUAAAAAGAUGUAUGUAGAAUAUAGAAGAAAAAAAAUUACAACUCAAGCAUCGACUGAUGUGAUAGACGGAGCUGCAGGAUUAAGGGGAGAUGGUGGUUUUCGAUUUUAAGACUUCGAAACACAAAUAAUAAUUAAAUGACAAUGGGAAGGGACAGUUAAAACUUAAAAUAAGUGCCCGUAUAUAAUUUAUAUUCUACCGUGGGUCGUGUUUUUCGAUUUCUUUAAAUUCAGAGUGUAUUUUCUUUUUUUAAAUUAAGACCCCGAAAUAGAUCAGCUAAAUUUUAAUUAUAUAGAUUAUACAGAGUUCAAUCUAUAUUGUACACUAUAAAAUAUUAUAGUUUGAGAAACUUUUGUUUAAAAAGAAUAAAAGUUGGGAAAGUAGGAUAUGUAAAGUUAUUUAAUUUAUAUCUAUAAUGGUAAACUAUCAAUAACAAGAAUACAAUUUGUUUUUUUUUUUUUUAGAUUUUUUCUACGUUGCACCAUUUAUUAUGAAAACUACUUAGAAAAUCGAAAUUAAUCAACUAGACAAUUCAAUAAAAUAUUCUCUAAAAUGUCACAAAAAAAAAAAAAAUACAAUGAUAAUAAUAAAAACACUCAUCAUAGUAAAACUUAUAUGUUCCUCGUUACCCUCAGAAACUAGUGGAAGUUUUUAAAUUUUAUUUGUUCAAUGAUAAAAUACAGGAUUAAUUCGCCGUGGUCUUAUCCGGAAGGCUUUCGACCACGAUAGACACAAAACAAUUGUCUUUUAUAUUGUUUAAAUCACGUUUUCGACUGACAACAGUUCAUUCAUGGCGUUCUUAUUUUCUAAUGAAAACGUUAUAGAAUUUAAUCGAAUCCAUUCAAACAUUAAAACUAACAAAAUCGAAAGACCUAUUAUUUUAAUACAAAAGUAUGAAUUUCGUUCGAUAAAUCGCGAUUGAUUCGAAUGAUAUUUAAAUUUAUCGUUUAAGUAUUGUCUUCUCAUCGUUAUUAUACUUAUAAUGCCAUUGCUCACCGAUAAAAAUAUUUAGUUUUUCUGUAGGUUUUUUUUAUUUUUCGUUUACAUGCAAAUUUCGUCAUUGCUUCUGGGUAGUACACAUGUAUUUUAUAAAAUAUUAUAACACAGUUACUGUUCAGCAAAUGUGAUAAUUUAUGUGGCCUAGCACUUUGCAGUAGAUACAAAGUAAUUUUCUAUAAUUAUGUGAAAAUUGUAUGUUGUUUCUUGUAUUUUUUCAAUCGUCAAUAUUUAUUUUUAGAUUGUUUUUAAACAGUUCACGUCUAUAAUAUUGAAUUUAUGUGUAAACUUUACCAGUUAAUAAUUUAACAUUCUUCUUUGAAGAUUUCAUGCUUAAAUAAUAUUAUCAAGCAUUUCCUUUAUAGAAUAAAAACUGGUUAUAUUCGUGAGCGGGGAUUAGGAGUUCGCUGUUAGUUGGUUUGGAUUGUUUUGGGUGGAGGACCCGGUGGUCUGAGCCUCUCAGAAAGGAGAUUAGUCAUAAAAAACAUACAACUUUUAUUGUGCUCAGUUAUGAAUUUAUGAAACUUCCAUGACAGCUCUGCGUGUACCCAAAAACGUUUUCAGUUUAGCCUACAUUUUCAUAAUUUCCACGGAAAGCUUUCAAAAAGUUAAACAUUUAAAAAUUCUCAAAACCGUGACAAAAAUCUUCCUGCAUUGUUACUGACCCAUUAAUUUUGAAUUAAUUUUCUGGGAAAAAUUGAGAAAAUAAUUAUACAAGAAGAAAUACAAUUUUCGUAUGAUUGUUUAAUUUUUUUAAAAAAACAUAAAACUUUUACAAAAAAAAAAAAAAUUAAAAAUCUAUGCUUUAUGGUUAGUGAACCAUUAUUGUCUUUUUGCGUGUAUCGCAACUGAAAUAUGAUGUAUGCGAUUAUUCAUACGUAUAUUUUAUAAAUAUUAGGAACGCUUUUUGAGGUAGACUUUUAAAGAAACUAAUCAGCUGAUUAUAUUGUAUAAAACCGGUGCUUAUGUAUAGAAAUCACAAAAAUAUCUGUAAAGUUUAAAACAAUAAAUUAUCAAAGCGAAAAUUUCGAUACAAAACGCGUCAUUAGUUGUAUACGUAUACGUAUAUUAAACUAUGUCGUUUAGACAAAAAAAAAAAAAAAUACAAGAAUAUAUUAUAAGUUAUAUAUUGUAAUUUGAAUAGGAAUAAAUUGCUCAUUAUAACUCGGACAUAUACCAGUAAAAAUCAAUAACUGUGAGAAUAAUAUGCUGCCCGCCAUAUUAAUCAUUGUUAUAGCCUGUCACAAUUACACAACAUUUAACAAAAAAAAAAAAUAAAUAAUAAUAAUUAUUAUAAUAAUCCACUCAAAUUCGUAAGGGUAAGGGAAUGCAUUUUCGUAUUAUUUUUGAAAACUUAAUAAAGUAGCACAGUCAAACGUAAAUACUGUUCAAUCAUGUGAGGAAUCUAAAUCUUAAAUUUUAUUUUCCAUAAUACAUUUGCAUAUUUUACAGUUUCUGCUUUUUAGAUCAUAUAAAAUAUGAUCUAUAGCAAUAUGUACCUUUCAAAUGCUAUAAAAGGUCAUAUUAUAUUCAUAUCUUAUCUUAUUGUAUGCCACGUAUUAUACACGCGUUUUUUAAUUUACAUUGUUCAAAUUUAUAUGCACUGAUGUUGGAUAGCAUAGUCGAAUAUAGACUACCAUAAAAUAGUUAAUUUAGUUAACACACCAGCAUUGAGUUUGACCAAUAACUCUUUUAAUUAUCUCAAAACCCAAAGUUUUUAUGGAACUACAAUAAUAAAAAAUAAAUAAUGAAUUUAUUAUAUGUCAAGCUUUUAGUAUACAAUUUUGAAUACAUUUUUUUAAAGCAUAUUUUAUGUGCAUAUUUAUUUGUUUUUUUACAGCGUAUUUGUAUUCUAAUUAGAGCUAGAAGUCCCUAAGCCUAGUUAUAAAUAAUCGAUUAGGCAAUUUUAAAUUUAAAAAACAAUAUUUACUCAAUCACAGUUUAACAUUACUAAACAAUAAAGUACAUUUUUACUGCAUUAUUGUCAAUAUUUAAAAAAGUAUAUAUAUAUAUAUAUUAUAGUAGGUAAUGUAUAUACAUUUAAAUAUAAUACAAGGUUCAAUCCAUCAUUCCAUCAUUGAUUAAUCAACUUUUAUUUUUUGUUUUUCAUUAAUAUUAAUUAAAUAAAUUCAAAAAUUCAAACGUAAUCUUUUACAUAAUAAUAAAAAUAAUAAAAAGAAAAAAAAACUAUAUAUUAUGUACCUGUUUAUCUAAACUAAGUUAAAAUUACAAUAAAAUAUAUCUACACGUUCUGUUAAAAGCAGUAAGAAGACUUUUUUAUUAUUAAUAUAAUAUACAUACAUUUAACAAACGACAAUAAACUGGGAGAUCAACGUAACUUGAGGCACUCAUUUCAUUUUUGGAAAGCAUUAACUUUUUUCGGAUUUUGUUUUUAAGAAAAUUUGAGAAACAAACAGCUCUAAAAUGUUAAAUUUCCGUUAUUUUUCGUUUCCUUUAUUUUGGGGGUUAAAAAUCUAGUAGAAUAAAAACGGAGUGAUAUUACGAAAAUGUUACAUCGAGGUAUUGUAACAUUUUAAAGCUUUUUUUUCUUGAAUUUCCAAAAAAAUUAAUUCUGAAAAAAGUUUACAUUUCCCGAGAUAGUGAGUGUCUUAUGGAGGAUUGAAGAUCUUUUUGUAUUACUAAAUACAUAACAGUAACAUUAGAUAUCAAUCCUAUAGUUAUUAGUUAUAUCAAUAAAGCACCACAUUCAGUAAAUAAUUAUAAUAGUUUACAGUAAUCAUCAUAGAAUUUACAAUUCCAUCAAGUUCCUAAUUUUUAAGUACCUACAGCUAUAAAAAUGGAAAAUUCUACCAGUUACAUACUCAUUAUAGCGAAACUAUUUUAUAAUUUUUUUAAAGUAUUUUAAAGUAUUUUUUUAAAGUUAUAGUUAUUUAUUCAAGUAAAAUUCACUUUGUUGGCAGUAAAGCAAUCUCUUAUAAAAACUGCAUAAAUUAAUCUAAUUAAUUUAAGAUCAUUUUGUAUAUAAAUUUCAUUUCAAUUUACGGUGUAGAGCGUUUGAUAUAGAUGCAAAAGAAUAUUAUCGGAUGACCGAAAACAAUUCACGUGUUCAGUUAUCCAUACGAAUGAAAAAAAAAAUAUAAAUGUGUAUUUUUUAAAACCUUGUAAAAAACUGCACCGUAGCACCAUCUAUUCGUAAAACAUAUAAAAAUAUUACGAAUCUAUACUCCUAGAAAAUUUUUAAAUAGACUGCUAAAUUUACUCGAAAUAUAAUUGACAUACCUACUAAUUAAAAAAUAUGUAAUAUUUCUGUAAGUACCUAUAUUAUAUUAUCAGUAAAAUGUUAAAUAGGAAACUAAUUUAACCGUGAAUUUGUAUCUACAAAGCUAUAAAAAAAACACGAGCAGCCUAAUUCUGUCUUUAGAGUCUUUUCCCCCAGCCGACUAGUCGCUUAUGCAAUAUUUAAUUGUCUUUUACAAUUGAUCUGAAAUAGUUAUAGUUUUCUGAGUCUUAUUACAUUUCAGUUUUAAGCGAUAUUUAAAACCCGAUAUUUACUAUCAAAACAUGAAAUUUAAGCGUAUAGAUGAUCGGGAAUAAGGGUGUUAAAAGUUAAAGCGACCAAAAAGCACAUCCCUAAUACUUACUGUCUAUAAGGUGUACAUAGCUAAAAAUAAUACAAUUUUCUCCCAUAAUACUCCGAUGAAAUCUAAACUGAAAUUCAACCAACAUUUUAUUUCUUUAUUCUGCCUUAUAAAACAACUAUAAUUCCCGAGUUUCAACUCAUUUGGUCCAAAGAGAGCAUCUAAAAGUGUCCAAAACUAGCGGUAAAAAGAUUUAUGUACAAUAUACAUAUAUGUAUACACAGAAUGAUUCAACAAGCAUGCUCACCCCAUGUUUGUCGUUAAAUUUUGCAUAUCAUAUUUAAAUUCUGGUUUUUGGAAUUUUUAAGUGUAGUUAUACUUAGAUUUUGCACAACAUUUAAUGAGUAUCCUGUGGACAUCCGUGAAGAUGAUCUUCCCCCCACUUUGUCCCACUAGAGACCUCAAACUAGUAUUAAUAUUUUGUAAUUAAUUUGUUUAAAUUUGUUUGGUAGUUUUUGGAAUUUGCAUAUCUUUGGUUUUUUCGGAAAAUGUUUUGUAAUGCAUAAACGUCGUGGCGGCGCGGAGGGCAGUGUUUGAAUAAUGUACUAACCAAUAUUCCCUACUAAUGAAAUAAAAUAUUUACCCACACUCGUAUGUAAUCUGAACAGUACUAGAAUUAUUGUACUACAAAAACUAAAAUAUAAUAAAAAUAUGAAAUAUAUCAUUUCUCAAACCAAUUUAUCUGCGUUACGACUAAGCGUAGGAAUAAAUGACUAAAUUAUUUUAAACAAUUCAAAAAAUUAAUACUAAGUAUAUUGAUAACUUACAAGUUAAAACUCAUAAACUGUAAUUCCGAUAUUUAUGUUAUGUAAAUAGACAUUUUUAGAAACAAUUUUUAGAAUUCUCUGUCCGUAUCUUUGUUUAAAUGGGGCUAGGGUUGAAAAACAAAAGUAUAUACUUACUUAUUAUUAAUUAAUAUGUAUAAAAAUUUAAAAUAAUAUCUAAAAGGAUUUCUUAAUAAUUGAAGAAAAAAGACAAAUUCUCCGAGAAAAUCGCUGAUUCGUGAUAAAUGGAUCGCCCUGUAUAUAUCUGUAUAUUUAUCGGCAGUAUAAUAUUUUUUGGCGUUAUUAAAAUUUGACAAAAUCUAAAAUUUUAUUAAAAUUAUUAUUAUUUGAUGUAUUCAUAUUAUAUAUACAUAUUCUAUGUUUAGAAGAAAUUAUUACUAUAAAAUAUUAUAUUCUAUGUCUUCGAGGAAUUCAAUAAUAGAUGUGUAGAAGUUUCAUAAUCAACAUUUAAAAUAUUACAUUUAUUAUGAAUUUUGAUAUAACCUUGAUGCAAUUUUUAAGUUAUAUUUUAGUUGUGUUAUUUUAUCAUUGAAUCUUUAAAAUUAUUUUACCAAAACGUGUAAUUUCUGUUAUUAGUCAAUUAGAUACUUAAUUUAUAUAUGCACUGCAGCUGUGACGGUCUUUAUAAGUAUGUUGAGAACUGCAGUAUAUAACAGAGUGGUUUUUGUAUUGCACGACCCAGCGAUUAUCUAUAUACGAUAAUAUAUAUAUAUUUUUUUUAAUAAAUUUUAUUGCGGGGUAUUUUUCCAAACGAAAUAUAAUCGAUAUUUUUCAAUUCGUAUCAUUAUUCUUUAUACUUACUUUUCUAAAAAUGAUUAUAUAAUAAUAUGCAUAACUCGAUAACGCAUUAAUUUAUCCGAUAUAGAAAUUUCGAGUUUAAGCCGGAAGAGCGUAUAAUAAGAAGAGUCUUCUUCUCAAUCACCUUUACCCCGACUAUUCGGCGUCGGCCACCCUUAUCUUAAACUUUUAUUUCAUCCACAUCAUCCUCGUAUACACUGGCUGCUGUUAUUGUGUUAUUAGCUGCUGAUUCACAAACGAUUUUCAAACAAUUUUAUAAUUCUACAACAUGCAUAAUAUAUAAUUAUUUUUUCAUGCAAUAUUGUCCCAUUUAUGAAAAUCUAAUUAUAAUAUAAUUUAUUACCUAUACUACUUAAUACAAUGCGAUUGAUUGUGUAGUUUUGUGUGUUACUGAAAUUAUGACGCCCGUGACACAGGGUUCAAAAACGACUGUCUAUAGGUAUUGUUUUAUUCAAACGCAAAUAAUAUAAGUACACAAUUAUUUACAUAUUGUCUACAAACAAGAUAGGCAGCUCUGGAUGUGAUUUAUACCAUUUUAUUGUGUAUAUACGGUUAUUCGUGUCGAAACGUGCGAAUCGGAUAAUCCGUUGGUAAUCCGCUGAUUGAUUAUUGCAGUUCUUGUUUUUUUCAUGUCGGGUAUACCAACGUUGUCAGUUUUUGCCAUUUUAAUCAUUAAUAUAGUUAAACACUACUGCAGCUGAAAUUUCCGUUGAGGGUAUUAUAAACUCUUUUUCGGUCAGUAUUGAUUCUCCGAAAUGAUCACACUGCAGGUGCCAUCAGGGCCGGAUUAAGUCCAAGUCUCUAAAGUCCUAAACAUAUUUUAUUUUAUAGUAUCUUAUUCUAAGGUCUUCCAACAAGAAAAAUGUUCACAGAUCAGUUGAAAACCCAAUUUUUCAUGUUCCAAAGACAUUUUUUUCAAAGUUAUCGGUUUUGAAAAACCCCAAUGUUUCGAUAUUCUCGAUAUCGGUUUAUGUCGAUACUCAAUUCUGGUUAAAAUACUCCGAUUUGUUCAUGUUAUCUCUUAAAAGAUGAAUAUUUUUUGUUAGAUAUAGUUCUCGUACUGUAUUUAAAAUAAUUUGUUUAGUAUUUCGAAUACUUGAUUAAAAAGUUGUUUUUUAUUAAUUUUUUUUUGUUAACACGCUGUGAAGAGUAUAAACUUUAUACAAUUUUUUUUCGUGUUACACGAGGAAAUAUAAUUUCAAUUAUUAGUCAAACUAGUUUUAAGCCUGCACCUACUCAUAAUACACUUAAAAUUUUAUUAUAAAUCUGUUUCCGAUUUUUCAUAAAAUAAUAAUAAUUACGUUUAUAUACGCAUUAUUUUUGGUAUAUAAAUAUCUACGUUUGGUAAACAACUUAUUUAUACCGAAUUCCUAAUACUCUUGGCCGGUCACUUCCUAUCUCCCCGCGGGCAAGGACGUAUUAUAUAGUAUAACCUUAUAAUAUUAUUUAUGUAAAUAUACCUACUUAGUUGUAGGUUAUAAUGUAGGAAAGUAUAUUCAUAUAAGGUAUUUAUAAAAUUGUAUUUUAUGUGAAUUAUUAGUGAAAAACUAUAUAAAUUAUCAAUCAAAUGAACGGAAUAAAAAAAGUGUACAUUAUUUACGUGCAUGUAAAUACCUACCUAUAACUAACUUAACCUACCUUUGAAGACGUGCGGUAUUCGCGAUGGCAUUCACAUGUAUAUAUGCAAAUAAUAUAAACUACAACGCAGUUCACAAAAUUUCAAUAGACAUUAUAUAGUAACCUCGUACAGAGAUGAUAAUGAAUCAUCUAUGUUCACUAUAGUUUUCUAUGUAUUAGUUAUUUUUGUAUGUAUUUUACAGAUUCUGAGACUAGUGAAGAGGUUAUAUUAAAUUGACUAAGAUGUUUUCGGUUAGUAAAAAUGCUGCGAUUUUCAUAUGUCGAGUACCUUAAAAAAAAUAUGGAUUUUCAAGCUAAAAAAAAAAAAAAAAAACAUUGGCAACAAAUGACGAUUCAUCAGUUGUAUUCUGGUUGAUUUGUGGGCUACUUAGGCUUCAAGGAAAUAAAACACAAUACUACCUAUAUAACUCUAUCGUUUACCGAGAUCCGCUCAGAAUUUUCUGACUAGUACAUUGCGGAUCAGUCUUCCAUCAGCUCGCCACACAUGCCCAUUCCAUUCAUUUUCCUUUGUGAUGCUUUCUUAUCAUUAAAUUGCACACUUACUCACGUAAAUUAAUUGUACAGAUUAUUAUUAUUAUUAUACUAUUAUAUUAUUAUUAUUUACAAACUUUUUCCGACAUUUUCAUCUAUUGGUACGUUUUAAAUUUUAUAUAAUCCGUCUGGUGCAGUUAUAUAUAUUAUUAUAUCCCCAACUGUAAUUUGUUAUAAAACACGGACUGUUUCCUCUGCGAUUUUAUCGAAUAAUAAUUUUCGGUAAAAUGAAAACCAUAAGAACAAAUAUAAACGAGUUUAACAUUAUGUAUGUGUAUACAAUAUAUAGCUAGGUUCCAAACGUAUAAUAAAUUGAAUUUAUUUAAUGCAUUAUUUUGUAUACAUAUCAAAAAAGAAAAAAAAAAGUUUAUUGCUUAUACAUACAAUUGCUGUUGGUGUAUGCGUUGAUCUUCAGAGUAAGAUAAUCGAAAUUUAUGAGAUAUACUCGUGUAUGUUUAAUGUAUAAUGUACUUAAACAAUACGAGAUCUGUUUUAUAGAAUCGUGUAUAUUUACUCGCAUACAGGGUUUUAUUUCCAAGAAUCGAGACUCGAUCGAUCGAGGGGGGAAAAAAUGGCAAAAUGCAGGAUAUUUUUUUGCAAGGUAUCAUCUAAAGAAUAUAUAAUAUACGUGUAUUAUUACGUGCAUGAAUCAUCAUACAGUUCAUAUAGGUAAGCGGUCUAUUAUUAAAUACUUGUACAUACCUAUAGAUUUAUUGUGAAAUAUAAUACUUGAAAAAUGUACGUGGUCGAAAUAUGUCCGGAGUAAUUUAUUAUUAUCAUUACUAUUAUAAGUAACGUACGUCCGUUCGUAAACUCUUUGUUAGCGACCAUGAAUUCGUAUAUAUAAUAUAAUAUUACAUAAACGUUUUGUUUUGCGAUGUUCCGUGUCUGUGUACACGCGUAACCCAAUUGUUCGGUUUAUAAUACACAUAAUAAUAUUAUAGGUAUACUAUAUUGUACAUUAUGUGUCACACAAUUUGGAAAAGAUACAUAUUUUAUAUGUAUAUAUAUAUUAUAUAGAAACCAUUGCAUACCUAUGCAUAAUAACAAUGUACAUUUUUAUAAAGCUGCCCCCCCCCUCGUGGACGUUAAAUUGAACGCGAUAUAAUACAAUAUAAUGUUCAUGUUCAUGUUGAAAUUAUUAUAAUCUAUAAGUCUUUGGAAACAAUGACGCAUUAUUUUGGACAUUAAAUUUUGACUUUGACGAGUGGAACUCAACAUUACAAUUCAAACACUACGUCGUCGUGUUUCUGUAGUAUUUUUCAUUUUUAGUUACUAUCAAGUAAUUUUGAUUUCGAACGGUGAACGAGGAUGAGCUGCUAUAUGUUUAAGAGUUUGACGUAGUAACAUUUAAGAUGCAAACAAACGCGUAUACUUUAUACACAGUGUAAUGAUGUCGUUUUUUGAAUUCCCAAUUUAAAACCCGGAAUAUUGCGAAAAGCCCACACUCUGCAAAAACUGUCGUGUUAUUUGUUGCAUUCAAAUUUGAAAUAACAACUCGUAAAUAUAUAUAUAUAUAUAUAAUACUUUUAUAUAUAAGAAUCGAAUAUUGUUGCCAACUAGGGAAAACAAAGCAUUUUCAAUCACGUGGGAUUCGGUUAAAUUUAAAAAAUCGUUUUACUAGCUAAAAAUUUGUGUAGAUUCAUUUUGUAUUGAAUAUUGUUUAUUUAACAUUGUAAUAAUUCUAAAACAAAAAAAAAUAGAGCAAAAGAUAAAAAAAAAUGUUUCUUGAAACACGAUGUCGGUAAUUGACCGAAAGGACUUUGGUAAUAGGUGUAGGUAAAAAUGACGAAAAUGUAAUUAGGUCAAUUCUUUUGAUUUUAAAUUAUCUAUAUUUUUUAAAUUUAAUAUAUUUUAUUAAAUAAUGCGGAAAUAACGUAAAAUGCGUUUGGCAUUUUCGUGAAUCUUCAUUUCGUUUUGUAUUACUUAUUUCUUUAUUACAAAACUUCGUGCAUCUUUAUAAUGUAGUGUAUAAUUUUGCUUUCUAAUCACCAUUAAAUUUUAUUGUUCGGGUUUACUUUUUAUUUAAAUCUCGAACGAACUUCCUGUAAUAUUUUUAGGUUCGAUUUUUUGCACAAUGCGAUACAACGACAGUCUAUUCGUUUUGGUGCACAGCUCUGUUUAAUAAAAUGAAUACAUUUUUUUCAUCUUACCAAUACUGAUUUACUUCCAGCGUAUGCUAAAUAUUAUUGUUCUGGACGCGUAUUAUACUUAGUCUUGUAUUUUUACGGUUCGUGACUUCGUGAUCUUCGUUAUACACUGCAAUCGUUAAAUUAUACGUAUAUACCCACCAAAUUACAUUUUAUAAAUUUUGAUGAUGCGAUGAUGCUUUCUAUUAAAAACAUUUUGAAUUAAUGAUCGAUAUAAUGAAUGACUACUAGGAAUACUCUUUAGAAAAGUCGAGGCAUAAAUGUGGACUGCUGUAUCGUUAAAUGUUAUUACAUAUAUAUAGAUAAAGUGUUAAUAAUAAUAUACGAACAACUUAGUAAUUUAAUGACUAUAUUUACUUUAAUAAUUAUAGCCACUUGCCUCGGUUAUUCACUUACUCCAUCUGACCUUAUUUAUUUUCUGUCUAUACACCUUGUAUAUUAUAUUAUAUUGUAUUCCUCUGUCCAUUUUACAAAUCAAUUUGAGAAACAUAUUACAAUAACUUAACUCUGCUGAAGUUAUUUUUAAAUCAAUAUUGGUAAACAUAAUUAUAAUAUAAUAACGAGAUGAGAGCUGCUCCGUGGGAAAUUAUUGUAUAUCCAAAUUUGUAAUAUUAAAAUUCAUUUUCCUAUAUAAUAUGUAUAAUUUUGUUUUGUUUUGACGAACCAAAAACCGACUUGAUAUCACACCCGAGUAUAAUAUAAUUAAUUUAUCCAAGGACAUAGAUGUUGUGAUCGAAUAUUGUCAACCGAUCUGUGACUAUAGGCUUUUUCAAUAUAAUCGUGGUUUUUAAAUAAAUGUUUCUAUAAAAUGUAUAGUUUAUUUAGUAUUUAUACAUGCAAAGGUAUAUAAUGAAUGUUAGGGGAAAUUGAUCCUGUCUAGGCAAUUUGAAUCACGAAUAUAAACUAAUUAAUUAAGCAAUUUUGAAUUAUUUCUUAUUUGUUAUAUUAUGAAUGUUAAAAAAAAUUAUAUUAUACCUAAUUAAAGAUAUCAUUACAGCUAAAAAUCUGUCUGUUUUGAAAUACACCGUAUAAACGUUUUAUUAUCUCCGUACUAUUUUUAAAUAAAAUUUUUAUACCCGAUUUACCCAUAUCAGAUAUUAAAAUAUUCGAGCUAUGUUGAUACAGAUAGUCAGUCAACAACGCCUAUUUAAUAUUUCCGAUUAAACAGUCUAGUUUUCGUGAUUUACAAAACACUUCGUAGUCCGUACGUGUACAAUAAUAAUUCAACGGCAGUUUACGAUUACGAAAGGUUUGCACAGAUCGUCAAUGUACUUGAUAUUUCAGUUUCAUUGCAAGAAGUAUCUCGUGCUUUCUCUAAUUAGGAGGACAAGAAUACAAUCGAUGCACUUGUACAUAGCUUUGUGAAACUUAGAAAUGCAAAUGUAGAAAAGCAGACAGACUUUGCAAUUCUAAGUGCCAUUCAAGUAAACCAUAUACAAAUAUAUAGGUAAUAAUACAAUUCUAAAUAAAUGAUACCUAAGUAAAAGUAAAAGUAAAAGUACUUAUUUCGUAGGGGUAUCUGAACUCGGGCACCUCCUAAAUCAGGCCCUGUAUUCUAUUAUAUAUAAUAAUAUUUAAAUAACAAUACGUUUUUGAUCGAAGAAAAAUAUUAUCAGUGAACAAUUAAUAUUUUUGAAUAAUGUAAUAAUUUAAGAAAACGCAGGUGCUAACUAUAGUUUAGCAAUUUAGCAUAUAUAAUUCUAUUAAAUAAUAAUUAUUAUUUGAAUAUUAUUUUUUAGCUAGUAAAUUACUACAAUUCAACGGUUUCAUAACUGGUGAGAAUAUUUUUCAUUAUUUAUUAAACGUUUAAAUCAAAUAAUAUAUUCCAAAAAAAGGUCAAAAAAAUAAGUUUGAAAGAACAUUAUUUUAUAGAUGAAAAUGGCUACUGCCUUCAUAAAAAUUAUUUUCGAUGACCGUUGGUUGUAUAAGUAUUAUAUAAUAUUAAUAUUACAGGGGGAAUUGUAACAGUACGAUGGGGUACUAUUAUUAUUUUUUUUUUUAAACAUUGUCCUUGAACGAGUUCAAGAUCAAUAUAAAUUUCCAUUAUUAUUAUUAUUACACACACGUCUCAUAAUUUUUAUAAGUGAUGCGUAAAUUAUAAAUUACUUCUUAUAGACCGAAAUAUUCGAUAUCAUUUGAAAUUUUUUUUUUUAAUCUUGGCUCACAUAGGUCUAGUAAGUUAAUUUACAAGGUUAUCUCAAGUAUCGAAGGAUAACUGUUGUUUUUCUGUGCAGUCUUACAUUCGUUAUCAAUAUCCCGCACUUCGGAAUGGCCUCGAUGUAGGUAAUAGGAGAAAUAUUUUAUUUUGCUUCUGUCUAAUAAAGUUGUAUCACUUUAAAUGUCAUAUUAUACACCAUUAUAUCUCCGUAUUGAUGAAUAAAAAACACGCAUAACAAAUACAAUAAAGUAUUUGAUAACAGAAUUAUUAUUUGAGAAAUCGGAAUGCGCGAUGUUCUGUAGUAGUGAAUCAAGUUGUAUUCAUAUAGGUAGAUAUUAGAAUUAGGUAUUGUUUCAAUGGCAAAACAUUAUUUUAGAUUGUUAUUGUCAAAUUUCCUCCGAAAAUAGAGACAAUUGCUAUUGUAUUGUGUCUGUUAUUAAAAUAAACAGUACAUAUUUUUUUAUCACGAACCAGUAAUUUUUCCGGUGGAUUUUAAGUGAAUUUUAUUUCUGUUUUUUUUUUUUAUUAUCAUCAUGUAGUCUCGUACAAGCUUUAUUUUAAAAUCAUUUUAAAUUAUUCACCCUUUUUAUAUAUACUUUUGGUUUUCAAAUAGGAACCACCCUACUGAACACGGAUUCGAAUAGAUUUUUAAUAAGAAUAGAUCUAGAACAUUUGUCUAGAUUUUUUAAUAUGCAUUACACUAAUAUCAAAUUUACCGUUUAUGAAUUAUAACCGUUUAAAGUUUAGACCGGAGCGGUAGGGAUGGGCAAUAAAUUGCAUAUCUAUUUUUAAAUGAUAAAUGAAUAUCUUUCCUACUUCCUCGGUCUAAACUUUUAAUGGUUAUAAUUCAUAAGCGGUAAAUUUGAUUUAGUGUAAUAAAAAUAUUCUUUAUUCGAAUCUGUGUUCAAAAAAGAAGGUUCCUAUUUAAAAAAUAAAAGUGAAUACUUAUUUAAGGUAUAUAAAGAAAGGAUGUAAAAUUAAAAUGGUUUUAAAAUAAAGCUUAAACGACUCUACAACGAUUAACAAAUAAGCCGAAUACUAAUUCACUUAAAAUCCACUGAGAAAAUUGCUGGUUCAUGAUAAAACAAUCACCUUGUAUAUAUUUCUAUUUUUCCCACUACUUUUGGACAGUUAUAGCAACUAAAUGAACUAAAACUCAGCAAUGUUGCGGGAGAAUGGAAUUCUUUUAGAUUUGAAUACCUUUACAGACUGUCCACCCCUCAAAUAAAGCCCGGGUGAUAAAAUUUUGGUAUAUGCAUAGCGUAUAUUUAAAGGAUGUGUCUUUUAGAUCGUUUCAACUUUCAAACCCUGCCCUUAACAUUACCAUUUUUAUGCUCACAUUUUAACAUUUUUUUUUUUUUAUGAGUAAGAACUAAUUUGUAGGUAUACUAUACUAUAGUACGAGUACUAUUGUAGUAGGUAUUGGAUUAUUAAUUGUAUAAUAAAGAAAUAGCUGGGAGGAAAUUUCGGCUCCAUAGUGACGGAGCUAUCCGUUGCUCAUGGGUGGUUUUUUAAUUUUUAAUUUUAACUUUCGGUGGUAUUGUAAUUUGGUUUUUAUUUUUAAAUUUUUACACCGCAUAAUAUAGUCGGGGGGGGGGGACGAUGAGUGACAUAGUUGUACCUACUAACGUAACAUAUGACGUAUAAUUAGUAUGUAUUUUGUAAAAUGGAAAAGUCAAAUAUAAUAAUAAUUGUUUCCCAACAUGUUCUUGUAUGUAUUACGUGUGAAAUAUUCGGAUUACAUAAUAUAUAUAAUAAUAAUAUAAACGGUUAAGUAAGGUCUGUGUAGAAAAUUGGCAGCGUUACCGCGGCAUAAGCGCGCAAGCUCAACAACAAGCUCGUAUCAUUAAAAAUAUUUAUAUUUUUUUUUUUUUUGUUAAGUAUUGAAUUUCAUUCGAUCUCAUUAGGACCACUGUCACAAUUAAAUUAAAUAUUGUUCGACUUAAAUACAAAUCAGACAUAGACCUGUUCCGCUUAUAUAUCAUAGUAGUGGGUAUACCUAUUUAAUAUUUUUGUGAACGGACUAACAAUAAACUAUUAUAAUCUUAUAUCUUAUCGAAAUAGUCCAAUGUUGGGAGGAGAAUCUCUGGGUAAUUGAGUUUUGAUCAUUUGUUUUUAUCAAUUGUUACGAUACCUUAUUAUUAUAAACAAAACAAUACCUACGCACGAAGAGUUUUUUUAAUUAUUUUAUUCACAUUCAAAAUAGAUAUUUAUUUUUUUUUAUAUGCCUACACAGAUAAUAUACGAUGCGAUCUCUCCGUAAGAAAUAUUUGUGAACGAAUUUGUAUUUAUUUUGGAUUACGAGCGUAGCGAUGAAUUACAUAUUGGUUUUAGUGUUUUAGUAUAUUAUUUAUUACUGUGAUGUGUGAUUUUUAUUUUCUGUGUUUAUUGAUUCAGAAAUGUUGUCACAAUCAAAAAACGUCAAGAAAGCUUUUUUUUUUUGUAGAAUAUUGGAUUUAUUUGGUGCGUUAAGGUUUACUGUACUGUACUGCGACCAUAGUAAUUUCUAUUAUUUUCAAUUUUGUUUUUAUUGUAAAUAAAAUAAAAAUUGUUCACUUAUAAAAAUAAUCGGAAAACCUGAAAGUAUAUAUAUUAAUAUUAUAUAUUAUAUUAUUUAUUAACAUUAUUACCUGAUCCUUUUUAGACGUGGUUACAUUUUUAAAAAAUUCUAGCAAUUUAUAAAUUAUUUUUAAUAAUUUAAAAUGUUCUAGAUUUAUUUAGUUUCAUUGGGAUAAACAUUUUUAGGAAUUUCAAAAAUGCUUAUUGUAAAAAAAUGUAUAUAGAGUUCAACGUAAUUUGUUCUUUAGGUAAUAUAAAAAUGUCGAAAAUUCGUAUUCAGAAUAAUAAUUUAUUUUUUUUGCAUUUUUCGUGAUUUAAAUUUGCUCUCAAAGUUAUUUAAACUAUUUGAAUAGGUAUAAUAGUUUUUCUUUUAUUUAUCAUUAGCAGAGCCAUGUCAAGUAAUUCAGUGCCCCGUGGCAACAUUUUUUCGCGUCCCUUUUCUACGAUUUAACCACUAAUUAUUUUCUUAUUAUAUUGAUCUCUACGGGACACCAUAUUACCACACACCACGAAAACUAACCAAAUAUAUUAUGCAUUAUACAUAAUUGUUAAUUUGUGUUAGUUAAAAAUAUUUAUAACAAACUAAUCAUAAACAUAAUUAACAUAUAAAAAUACCAAACAAUAAUUUAUAAUUUUUUCUUGCUUUAUCUUUGGCUUAUACACUUCCAUUUAAGUCUUGAAACACAAAUUUUCAGUUCCUGGACACACCCAGAUGGAGUAUGACUCUGAUCCAGCUCAAAGUGAAAAAAAAAGAAGCAUUUUGAUUCUCCUAUUUAUCAUCCCCAUGACUGGGUUCAAUUCAUAAGAAUGACAGGAAAAAAAACUUCAUUUAAAGUAAUAUAAAUGGAAAAAUAAGAUUUCAAAGAUAUUGGAAAUAUUUACAAAUCGAAUACAUUAAUGAUAAAAUACAAAAUGAAAAUGGCGAUACUAUUGUGUGGGGAUCAAUUUAAUGAUUUAAAUUUGAGAAAAAAUAUUCAUUUUAAGUAUACUACAAUAACACUGUUUUUAGUAGUUUAUAGAAACUCCCAUAUAAUAAAAUAUUAAAACCAGUUUUCCGUCGAGCAAGGCUUAGGUUAUAUUCACCUUCAAAGUGAGAGUGAAUACAACUAUUGAAAACCAAACAAUUCCUACUUAUAAUGAAAACACUAAACAUUUUAAUAUAAAAAAAGAAAGAUUUACUGUCUUUGUUAAAAUAUAUACCAUGGUUUUAAAAUAAACAACUCCUAAUAUAUUAUAUUAGGAGCUGUUUAUAUAGUUCUCAUAAUUAUUAAUAUAUUGAGUAAAAAGUAUUGUACCUAUUUCAACAAAAUUUUGCUCAAAAGAAAAACUUAGUCAUGUGUGAUAACGAUAAGGAACAAGUCAAUUUAAAAUUAUCUAAACAUAAUUAAUCAUGCGCUUAAGGGAAUCAGUCCAAAGUUAAUAAAAUAAUUUAAGUUUAAAGAAAAUCCAUGUUAGAAGAACCAAUUGAAAAAUAAAUGUCAAAAAUAUUGAUUAAUAAUUGUAAUUUUUGAAUAUUAUAGGCAGUUUUUUUUUAGUUGUCUUAAAAUAGUGUUUUUCUGAUUUUUUGAUUUUUUUGUCCGUCAAUAACUUUUCUACUAGAAAUCUUCAAAUUUAGCAUCUUUUCUGAAAGAAAUUUUUUUCUAAUUGUUGCAUUGAAAUGGUAAUUUUUCUUGUGGUUUUCUUAACAAUUGGGGAAAACACGUAGGAAAAACGGGAAAAUGUACGAUAAUACGGUUUCAUUAUUUUUAAUUUUUGUUUUCAAAUCGUGGACUCAGGUACGAAGAAGAACCGUAUUGAAUAUGUAAGUUUGUAUGCUAUCGUAUAAAUUUCAUAUUUUACAAACACUCAUAACGAUGCGUAUUUCUAAACCAUAUCGCACAAUAUUAUAUUGUUAUAUGUGACGCUUUUACAGUUAUUCUUAUACAUUUUAUCUAUUGAUAGUUUUAAAUAUAUAUUUUUUUAAAUGUAUAUAUAAUAUCUGAAUAUCUGAAUAAUAAGAAAUCGUCUCAAUAUUAUUAUAUACAUCGAUACGUAUAUUUCUUUUCUUUUUUUUUCUCUAAUAUUCAAACUCAUGAAUUAUAUUGUUUUUUUUUCUAUUCUACUUAUCGAAAAAAAAAUGUUAAAAUAACUGAAUAUAAUUAUAAGAGAUCGGAAUUAUUUUCUUUGAAUUUUAAAUAGCAUUGCGUCAUUGUUUUUGUGACCACUAUAUUAUUAUUAUUAUUCUAUUAGAGCUGUAAUGGUAGUGCAUAGUUUAACAUACUCAAUCAAUCAAUCAAUAUCGAUCUUUCGAAUUUAUUUUGCUGUACCAAAAAUAAAUAUAUACAUAAAUUAAUUAAUAACAAGUACUUACUUAUAUGUUAAUACUUUUUUGAAAAUAUAAUUUUUAGAAGUAAAUAGCAAUUUAAUUUUACAAUAUAAUUUGCUCUCGUUGAAUAAUAAUAAGUUAAACGACAUCGUUCUAAUCAAAUAAAUACCUACAUGUAAGUACCUACUUAUCAAAUUUAAACACUUUAUAUUUAUACGCAAGAUAUUUUUUAUUUUUGUUUUAGAUAAUUAAUAUAAACUAAUAGUUGUACAUAAAUAGUUAACAUUAUACUCAUAUUACUAGCUAUCGCAAUUAAUAUGAUAUGUAUUACGGGUUGUUAAUAUUGACGUAAAAUACAUAAUAUUAAAAUUGAUUAUUUACUAUUAUUUCAUGAAUGAAUAGAACGUUGAUCGUUUAGAAAAAUUCAACCAUCAGAAAAAUCUUGCGAGAACUAUUAUUUAUUAUUAGAAAUAUUCAAAUUUAACGGGUAGAUAUGCAUUAGAAUUUUGGUAUUUCUUCUUUGUAUAGCCAUAUGUUGUUCUUAUUAUAAUGCGUGCAAGAAACAAUACAAAAUAACGUAUGUUUUUUAUCGGUCAACAAAAUUUGACUGCAGAGGCUAUUUAUUAAAUCUACACACCUAUAUACUAUGUGAAUGUUUAUCAUUAUCACUUAAAAGUUUAUGACUUAUGAGUACUACAGUAUUAUAAAAUAUGAUAAAACGAAGAGCUUUUAUAUUAUAGGUAUUUAUAAAUAUUGAAGUGUGUCGUGAAUAGGAUAUUGGUUUUAAAGAAAUUGUGUGCACAUAUUGCGAAAUAUUAUGAAAAUGCUCCGGAUAUAUAACGUACCUAAUUGUAAUAAUGUACAUGUGGAAUAAUUUAAAAUUUAUUGAUUUUUCAGAUAAUUCCGUUAUUUCAAUAUUUUGUAAAAAUAUUUUAAUGGUAAGCAGUCAAAGAAUAUAAUAAAGUUAAACUUCGAUAGUCUAUUAUAAUAUAUUUUGUCCUUGGGAAAAUAAAUAACCUUAAGUCAAUUAUUUAUAGUUUUCAACAUAAACAAAUUUAAUUUCGAAAAUUUCCAAAUGAAUAUUGACUAAAUUUUUUAAUGGCUAAAUCACUAAAUGGCCUAUAAUCUAAAUACAAGCAUUCUAAAUAGCUUAAGCAAUAUAAUUGUAUUUACGUUUUUUUUUUCUAACAUAAAAUAGUCAUAGUGAUUUUAAGUAUUUUAAUAUUCGGUACAACAAGUAUUAGAAUUUAAGUAUUUUAAUAUUCGGUGCAAGUGUUAGAAUAUGCAUACACUUAUGCGAUUUACACCAACAAAUAAAAGCCAAAGGGGAAAAAUUACAUUAGGCACUAUUAUAAAAAAGAAAUGCCAAAAAUUGACUGGUGCCUCUUUUCCCUGGAGCCAAAGAUAUACACAUGUAUAGUACUAUACGAUUUUUCCGUUCAUUCAUAAACUAUAAUAUUUUAGUAUCAAUGAUUAUUAAAGUAUUAGGUACAUAAAAUAAUAAAUAACCUUCGAAGAUAUACAGCCAAAUCUCAAUAUUUGUUAGUUUUAGCGCAAAUAACACCUAAUAAUAUGUUAUUGACCUAAGGAUUAUAAUAUCGUAUAAUAAUCAGAAAUUAUAAAUAUUAUUAUUCUAAACUUUUAUUGCCCGGUAAAUAUUUAUCUUUUUAUUGUUAUAUAAUAACAUGAGUAUCGUCGUUCUCUAUUUAAAUAUUUAUAUUCUUUUUAUAAUAUUUAAUAAAUAUUAUGUUACGAAUUAAUUACAUUGAACUUUUAUUUUAUUGAUGUAUAUACGUGAAUAUAUAUUCAAGAGAAUACAUCAUGUACAUUUUUAUUGUCUUUAUGUGUCGUAACUGUUUCGUUGAUUCAUUCAAAGCCAUACGAAAUAAGUAAUUAAUAAUUUUUUCGUAGUUAGUUAAUAAUAUUUGUUUAGUUAUAAUAUAUUUUAACUGUUGAUUUUAAUUAAACAAUUGCACUUUUUAAUUUUAUAUUUAGCCGUGGAAACUUGAAAUUUAAUUAUUAUUACUUCGAUAAAGUACUUUAGUAAAAAUCCAAUCGUUUUUCUAAUUUCUUUUUUCGCUAAAUAAACUGUAGUCGAAGUCGAUUUAAACUACUUCCCAGUAGGUUGUGUUGGGAAGAACGUGAUCAUUCUAUAGUCUUUCACUAAAAUGUAUAUACAAGGUUGGGCAAAAUACAAGAUACACCAUACUAGAUACAUUGAUUUUCAGUAACUAAAUACAAUACAUACUAGAUACUUAUGUAAUAAUUAUUGCAAUAUAAGAUACUUGAUACCUAUACAGUUACAUUAUAAUUCAAAUAUUAAUUACACUUUUCACGCAUGUAAUAUCUUAAAAGACACGGUGUUUAUUUAUUUUAAAAUUCCCCAACAAUCUCCCCCCUCAUUUUCAUACAUUAAUUAAAUAUUCAUUGUAUUUUUCGAAGAGCCUGGGGACAGGGGAGAAAUGAGUCAGCUUGUCCCUCCUUCCGAUUCCUAUAGACAAGAUGUACUUCAAAUUAGAUACGUUCCAAAAUUGUAUCACAAUAUAAAAUACAAUUGUAUUUAAGGUUUGUAUUAAGAUACGCUUAUCAAAUAUACUACCAAACCUUGCCUAUACAGAGUGAUCCAUUUAAGUGUGUACACUCGAUGUCUCGGAAAGUAUUUACUUUUUUCAAUAUUUUUUUUGAACAUUUUAGAAACAAAUUGUUCUAAAAUCUAAAAUGCGCGGCAUUCUAAUAAUACAUCACAACUCUCCCUCGACCCAAACUUAAAAGUAGAAUAUUUCGUUUAAGAAUUGACGGAAAUCAAAUAAUUUAGCAUCAAAAAUUAUUUUUAGCUAAUACAUCUAUUUAUGGAAUUUUAAAUAUAGGUUGACAUUUGAAAAUAAAAGUAGGUAAUUGUUUUACUCCCGAAAAAUAGGGUGAUAAAAAUAACGUUAAAUUUAAAUUUUUUUAAAUUAAAAAAAAAAAGAAGAAAGUAAAUUCAUACUCUCCGAGAUAUUGAAUGUACCACUUAAAUGGAUCAUCCUGUAUAUAGACUAUCAUUUUGAUUGAUACCAUUCGGUGAAACCACUGACCACAGAUAACUUCUUAUUAUAACUAUGUUAUGUAGUUUGUAUAUACCAUAAUUUUUGUUAAAACUAAUCUUCGAAAACCAACCCACCACGAAUACAUGCACAUUAAAAAGUCUUUACCGUGACCCGAUCACUUUGUCUGCACGCAUCGUUGGCAAUGAAUUCUUAGUGUUUUAUUUAAUUAGUGUUACUAUUAGUAGGUAGGUAAGUUGUUAUUAAAUUUAGGUAUGUAGGUACAUAUUUUUUUUUAACAUUAUCGUUUAUCUCUCGUGUACACAAAUAACAUAGAGAUAUCUUAUCCUUUUUCAACCUUUUAGUCGAAAGUAUUUUUUUUUACCGCUUUUAUAGCUCACCGAGCUAAAACAAAUAUAUAACAAGAAUAUGUAUAGUGAUAUUCAAAUCAAAUUACAUACUAUAGGUACACUUCAGUAAACAACACUACGCGAAUUUAUUAUUAACGAAGGCGGGUGUUUGUAGAAAAAAAAUAUAUCCGAGUCAUUUCAUUUAAAGACUACGUAAAAAUAAAAUAUUCAGAGUUAUUAUAAUAUGCAAACAUCAGUUAACGUAUACCUACUUGGUCGGACUGUUAUUAAAAUCGUGUAAACUUUUGCAAGCUAUGUAAAAUACUUAAACACUCGUUAUUAUUUUAUUUUUCCUCGUUAUUUCAAAAAUGUAUGUAUUCGUUUUAUAUUCUGAACCAGACUCGAGAAAAUGAUAUUAUGCUGUACAUCCGUAGUUGUAGCUUGUAUAGGCAUCUGGAAAAUAAUGUAAUGUAAAGUCGUUUUAAUUUUCGUGGUCAUUAACGCUCGAUGGAAAUUUAUAAUGUCAGCGAUCUCCAGCAGUUUAACCGAAUUCCAGACAGAUUGCAUGUAUCGUCGAAAAUCGUUCUUUCACGGCGAUUGUUGCUGUUUUAAAUAUAAAUACCUUCUCUUUCUAUAUAAUAUAUUAUUACAAUACUUGUAGCACCGUUUUAAAACGGUAUCGCGUACGGUAUAAUAAUUUACUAUAGAUAGCUAUAUAAUAUUGUAAUACAAUGUCAAGGCGGUGAUAUUGGCCGACAUAAGAUGAUUGAUUAUAAUAUAACAUUCGAUGAAACCAGCAAAUAACCGCAAAGUACGAGGAGACGAUGCAAAAUAAAUUAAUAUUAUACAAACAAAAGUGGAUUUGAGGGAGAGGUGAUGGAAAAAUUACCCCUUCCCCCUUAGAAUUUUUUUUUAUUACCUACUGGAACUCAUAGGUAAUAAAGAUAUGGAUAGAAUAUUCUUAUAUUAUUAAUGUUUCAUGAUUUAUUUAUGAAAUGAGACAUUUGUUUUUUUUUUUUUUUUUUUAUAUAGCUUUUUAUCUAUGGUGAUAACUGAUAAGUCUCUUCUGUAUUUUCGGCUCACCGGAAAUAUCGCCCAACAAAAAAAAAAAAUGGCCCAUCCAUUUCUGCAUUAUUAUCUAUGUUCAGAGGCGCAAACCAUUUCAAAUAACGUGGAGGCAAAUAUAAGUUACCAAAAUACCCGCUCAUCAUUGGGAAAAAAAAAUUAACUCACUUCACUAUCAUAUACAUCCAUUAACUCGAUUUCCUCAAUAAUCAUAAACAAUAAUUACCUACAUGCGGAAUGUAUGACGACGAUGAUGGCUUAUAUCACAAUAUAAUAUUAAUAUAGGUAUGUGAAAUGGUAGAAACUCAAAAUAAUAUCGAAGCAUGUAUCAUGUUAUUGUAAAAUAUAAAUAAACGCGUUCCACAGUUAUACACAGAGAUUAAUCCUUAAUGGUAUCAAUGAUCGCCAGAAUUUUUUGAAAAUUUAAAUCUAGAAAAACCAAAUUGAAAAUAAUAAAUCGUAAACUUCCCAUUUUUCUUAUAUUUUUCGCUGAUUUUUCCAAUCAUUAUGAAAACUGCUUGGAAAAUAACCUCUCAAAAGAACCAAUUAGAUGCAAAAUUCUAUAAAAACGUUUUCUUGGUUUUUUGGUUAGAGCAAGAUUUCUAAUAGUAAAGAAAUGGAAUAAAAUAAAAUAAGAAUAGAAUUUUAUUAAUAAUUAUAUUAUGUUCUUUAUUAACAAUGGGUUUUACUAAAAUAUUUAUAGUACCUAUAUUUGAAUUCAAACUCAUCGAUUAAGUCGAGCCGUCGUGCACUAUUCAUACAUUUAUAUACAAGUAUCACCUGUAUUAAACCUAUCGAAUAUCUUGGAGCUUAAGUACUAAGUCAAUGAGUGUGAAUAAUUAAUAUACUUAUUCUAAAAAACCGUCUGUUUGAACAGUUCCAAUUCGAUUAUUAGUGCUGCACACCGAGUGGGUAAAUAUUAUUGAAAUCCCGUACUUAAUUAUUUUUCGCAGAUUAUACCGAAUACCAUUUAAAAGGCUUUCAUCGGUCGUGUGAAAAUAAUUAAUUUACAUACUUAUAGUUCGUAUAUUAAUAAUCGAUUUUUCGAAGGUGAUCAUAAGUACAUGACUUUUAUAACUCGAUCAACGUGAAUCCUGCAGCGUCAUUGUAAUUAUGUUUAACCGCAUUUUAACUUCUAAAUUGCGAUUUGAAUCGUAUUGUGCGUCAUAUGAAGUGAUAAUUGUAAAACUUGAUUUUCGUUCAAAAUUGUCACCAGGUUCCGUGACUGUUGAGUUUUGAGUGUUUUGACCGGGAGAGCCUCUUGGAUCAUGUUUAUUUAUAUUUUGGUAGGACUCAAGUCCCUCCCAUCAAGUCGAUAUUCCACAACUACAAUAAUGUAGUUUAGUUACUAAUACUCAUUAGUUUUGAUUUAUUAUCAUUUCUAUCACUAUACGCUACUGUAUAAUAAUCAAAGUCGUUGCGAAAUACUACUAUACGUUUAUAUAGUAUCAAGCUCGGUAUCCUCGAUAAAAAUGUUUUAAAUAUUUGUUUGGCAUACGUCAUAUAUGUACGAGUUCAUGCAGCCGCGGUAAUAAAACUAUAAUCCACAGAUAAAAAAAAAACCACAAAUAGCAAAAACACAUUACGUGAGAAUUAUUAAAAAACGAGGCAUUGAUAUAAUAAUAUUAUUAAACGACACGUUAUAUUAUAAUUGCAUAGCAGUGCACGGUGGUAAAAUGUAUAACUACAUCUAUUUUUUUUUCUUCUUUUCUAAUGCUCUAUACUAUAGAAUGUAUAGUGUAUUAUUUUUACGAACAGUCGAAAGAUUGUUAAGAUUGUGGCAGUGACGUAAUUCGAAUUUUGUCAACGAGGGAGAAAUUUAAUUAUUGUAAAAUUUGUUGUAGUAGUAUUUAUUUGUACUAAUUAGGUCUAUGAAUUUAACGCACUAUAAAAUGUUAAUAAAAUGCAUUUAAAAAUAGAAAUAUGCAGUAUAAAAUGAAAUUAAAAUACAUUAUAUAACUUUAAAAAAAGUAAAGAGCUGAUAUUGGGGAUAGGAGCAGCUACUGUUGUGGGUGAGAAGUUGGGAAGGUAGAAUACAUAAAGUUAUUUCAUUUAUAUCUGUAAUCAAUGAUAAACCAUUGCUUGACGAAAGACGAUUCCGUACAAUUAUUUAAGUAAUAUUCGUCAUUUAUAAUUUAUAACAGUAAACCAUUGCUAAUGAAAAAUGAUUAUCUUGAUUUUCUUUAGAAUUUGAUCUUAAAACAAAUAUAAAAAAAUAAUAAUACAUUACAGUCUAUUUUGUUUGAACCAUUAAAUACAACUUAUAAUAAGCCUCCUGUUAAUUGUUCAAGCAUUUCUGUUUGGUCGAACAGUUAUGCCUACAUAGUAUCUACCAAAUAAAAACUAAUAAGUAAAAAACUUGCAAAAAUAAAAUGUCUAAAAAUAGCUCAAAAAUUACUUAAGUACAUUUUUCCGUUCUUUCUACGUUUUUUUCUCCCGAUUUUGCUCAAUUAUUAAGAAAAAUACAUAAAAAAUUAAAGACUAAAUUUUUUACUUAUCAACAAGAUGUAAACCGCAACAAAAAAGGUAUGUUUUUAUUUUUUCGAUUGAAGUAAUAUUUCCUAAAGAAAACAUAAAGCGUAAAAUUUUUGUUAUUUCCAAAGGCCACCCGUGAAAAUACCUAAAUAUAAAUUUCCGUACCAUACCUUAAUCCAACCCACAAGGAAGUCAAACGUUUAGUAAUAACCUUUGUCAACCGAAAUAGAAUUAAAAGUUAUCGAAUUAGGUACUUAAUUAGUACUUUUGUUAUAAAUCAUUUCGAAACAAAUUGUAUUUAUUUUUAUUAUCACGUACCUAUAUAGUGUAUACAUAUUAUAAUUACAAUACGUGUACUAUACAUAUUGUUAUUAAACUAACUACGGGAGUAUAAAAAGUACAUAUACAUGACUAUUAUUAAGUACGCUUGCGUUUUUAAACACAUGCGCAUUGUUAAAUACACGGGUUUCAUAAUUCACGUGUAUUUAAAUACACGUUAAACCGUAAACCCUAAUCUGUACGAUUCCGUUCUCUCCUCAGUAAACGACGUAUAAUUGGUACGCACGCUAAAAUCGAAACUGAAAGGUUGAAAUUAUUAGGAAUCGGUGAAAAAUAACGGCCCGAGCACAAAAGAUAUAAUAAAUUAACAACCGCCCCGGUGCGAUUUUUUUGUUGACACGUGCAAUAUGUUUUUGUCCGUUCAAUACUGACACGGGCAAAGCCGCGCGGGAUAUCGGCUAAUAGUGUAUUCGUCAAAUAUUACGUUCGACAGACGCCAUCCUGCCCUACAACUCCGCGUAUAUUCUUACGUUGUGUGUCGCGCGUGUCACCGGGCGACCGCGCGCUGGAAACGUUUUCCGGCCGCGGCCGGAAAAAAACAUUGCACACGGAGAGGGCAGAACGACAGUCGAUAACGGAGCCACAUAAUUUUAUACGGACUCUCCGGCGGGGGUUGGCGGCAAAACUAAGCUUUUUUCUUUUUCUUUUUUUUUUCUCUUUUAGAUUCUGAACGCGGUUUUUUUUCUGUCUGUAUACGACUUUUCUGCCGGAAAUCUUGUUCCAAAUUAAACAAUAACUGCAUAGGACAUUUUUUUCUGUAGAAUUUCGAAUUUGGUUGGUGCAUUUGGUGAGAGAUUCGUUUUUGAUUUUCCAAGCAGUUUUUACUAAUAACGAUAAACUGAAUAAAAACGGAUAAAUGUACACAGCGAUAUACGUCUUAUUAUUUUCGAUUUUGUUUUUCUAUACCUAAAGUCUUGCCGUAAAAAUUUCAAGUGUAGUAUAUUUUCUGAAAAUUGUCUAAUUAGGUGGUAAUUUUUUUAACAGUCGUUAAUAGUCGUUUCAUUAUGUUCCUGGCGCGUCAUUUUGGCGAUUUGUGAACUAAAUUCAGGCAUUUGACAUUUCCGCGUUAUUUAGUUUUUAUUUGGUUUUACGCGGAGAAAAUAUUUUUGACCGAGCAGAAAUGUUUAUACAUUUUACAUAACGUAAAUUUUAAGUUGCGCUUGGUGGUGAAAAUAAGAAUUAUGUUUAAUGUUGUGUUUUUUUUUUUUUAUUUAAAUAUUUAAAGUUCAAAUUUUAACGAAAAUCGUAUAAACCACUGCAUUUAAAAAUAUCUGUAACCGCUCAAAAUCGUAUUACGCCAGCGAUUAUCGAUCGCUACGUACAGAUAUAAAUUAAUUAACUCUAAGUAGCCUGUGCCAUCCGGAUUUCCUACCUAAGACUGCGGCAAGCCCGUCCCCGUUAUCAGCUCCUUUCUUGUCUUGUCUUUGUAAUAUAGUUCACUGAAUAUAAUACUUGAAUUAAUAUGCGUGGGGCCCGCGGACUGGCCGAUAAGAGGCGUUAAGCGGCGUGUAUAAUCAUAGUUAUAUACCAAGCGUAUUACGUACGCGGUUAUCCGUUCGCGCUUAAAUAUUAAGCGUUUAAUUGCGUCGUGUCGUACUGACGUUACGGCGCGCGACCACCGCGAUCACGAUCGGGGCGACGACGGCGGGCGAUGGGACGCGGCCGGUGGAAAGAGAAAUCGCGACGGACAUUGGGAAAAAAAAAAAAAAAACCGUACGCGGCAUGCGCUCUGUUUAAAUGGGAUCCCGAGCGCCGCCGUCCGUUCAUUCGACUGUUGUUCGCCGCCACCGUCGCGUUGACGUUCGUCGCCGUCCGUAUAUUAGUUCGAAACCGCGAUGCUAGUGAUCGCUUCGAUUCGACGGAUGCAAGUAAGUUUUUGGAUCUAUCGCGUGUGUUUUUUUAUUAUAUUGAACGAGUUUUUUUAAUUUUUUUUUUUUUUUUUUGUAACCAAUUCUACCAGUUAUAGUAUAUGAACUCGGAAUCUACGGCGUUUGUUCACGGCGUUCAAAGGUACAUUUUUAUACUUUUAAUUUGUUUACAUUCUAUUUGUUUACCAUUUGACCCGUAUAGAAGACAAUAUUUUUACGUAGGAAGAAGACUUAACUUUUUCGAGACUGUCGAUUUUCGGUUGAAGUUUUAUACACCUCGACCGCCAUACGUAAAAACGACGAGAAUGCGGAAAAUUUUUAUUACCACUAUAUUAUUGAAAUAUAUUCUACACGGUUCGUUUGGUCAACACGUAUUAAGUGACGGAAAAAAAUGUGUUGUUUUUGUUUUUGUUUUUUUUUUUUUGUCUACACGGGACGGGCCAUACAAUACCGCAUAGGAAAAUUCUCGAAAAUUCUUGUUUUUCAACGCAUUUUGGACACGACAAAAAAACAAAUUCAACACUUAGUAUGUAGUGCACGUGCAACAUGCGUAUAAUACUCGAAUGUUGAUAUUGAAAACCCGCGAAUAAGGAACGAAAAUCAGAGCUGCGUCCGUAAUAAGAUACCUAGUAGUAUACACUUUGAUAUAUAAAAAAUCAUUUAAUAUAGUAUUGUAAAGUUAACGGUGGUGAAAAUUACUGAAAAAAAAAAAAUAAUAAUAGUUUAUUCUACUCCUCCAGUCUAAACUGAGAAUCGUCAUAGAUAGGAAAUUUAUUACCCUCUUCUAUUCCUCCCGUGUAAACUUUAAGCUGUUAUUACUCAUUAACGGUAAAUCUGAUAUUAGUGUUAUGCAUAUCAACAUUUUUAGAAAAAUAUUAUCUAUUCAAAUCUGUGUUCAAAAUGGGAGGGGAGGGUUCCUAUUUAAAAAUCAAAAGUAUGCACUUAUUUUAGGUAUAUGGAGUAGGGGUAAAAAAUUAAAAAUGGUUUUAUUAAUAAAGCUUAAACGAUUCCUUAAUGAUUAGAAAAAACAGAAAUCAAAUUCACUGAAAAUCCUCUGAUAUAAUUGCUGGUUCAUGAUGAAAAAAAAUCACCCGGUGUAGGCCGAAUUUGGUCAUAUUUUUUUAUUGAUAACAAAUAUCAACACGUGAACCGGGCAACAUCUUCAUAAACAGCCGCAUGUACGUGCAUAAUAAUACUAUUUGCAUCAAUAAUGCACUUAUACAUUAUUAGUAGUGCUACAUAGUUAAGUACCUACUCUAAAAUCCCGAAACGUUUUACACGCCUCCGCGGAUGUGUUUUUAAUCCGUCUAAACUUCCACUCGGAAAAGUCGAUUUGAAUACUGCAAAACGAUACGGUUAAAUCGUUUUCGCUCGGUGAAACGAUGCUUGAAAAAGUCGAAUCGGCUCCCCGUAAUAUCAUCAUGCGGGAAAUCGGUAAUAAUUACCCCGUCGACCGCGGAAUCGGCUUAACAUUUUCGACGGGCGGUUCUCGAAGUACCUACCUAUGUGUUAAAUAUUUCGAUGUAUUUUUGAGUAAUAUCAUUUCAGUACCUAUCCAACCUAACCUGCUAUUGGUAACCGACGAAUUCACCGAAUAAAAUAUCGAGGGAGUGAAUUCAAUUAGUCGACCGGAUUUCCAGAGCCAAUUAAAUUGCGCCGACAUAAUGUUCAAACGGUGUUGGUAGUUGGUACCUAUACAAAACUUUGAUAAUUCGAUUGGUAUAUUUUGUUGAAAUUACGUGCAUAUGAUUGUAUUGGCCCGCCACAGAUAUAAUAUAUAGGUUACAGGCAAUACCUAUGCUUGAUAGUAUUAUAUAAAUUACCGUUUUAGGACGCGAUAUAACUCGUUGCAUAAUAAUUAAAUAUAAUAAACAUUAUUAAUACUCAUAAUAUAUAGGUAAUGAAUACAAAAUAUGUAUUAUCGUAUUGUGAAAUCUCUUUUUACUUAAUUUGUAAAUAUAGUAAUGAUGAUUACAGAUUUUUCUGUUUGAUCGUCCCGAACGAGUAUAUCGAGUUUAUUCGAGUUUGAAUAUUGACUCUCAAACAACUCUUUGCACCACGACCGUUCCCAAAUCGAAUAAACUUGUACGUGAAACUUGGAAAAAAAAACCCAUAAAAAAUACAUCGCCCGUCCGAACCCUCAACAUCAUCAGCCUCGCUUCCGAGCGAAUUCUAAUAAUCAUUCAGCCUAUCCAGACGCCUGAAAAGGAACUGGUGUAUGGACCUGCUUUCUCCUUAAAAAUUUCCUUCCUUAAGAGUGAUACCGACUAACGGCUGCCUCGAUUCCUUUUUCUUCCCGGGCCUUUUUACUGUCAAAUUCGCUUAAUUUAAUAAUGUUCAAACUUACCGGUUGAAGUUUAUUUUGUAUAAAAAAAAUAUAUUUACAUAUAUAUAUAUAUAUAUAUAUAUAUAUAUAUAUAUAUAUAUAUAUAUAAAACGACUCAUUUCGAACAAUUCGAACUUAUUACAGUCAAUAUUAAUUAACGAUUAUUGUGUAUAUGUGACAUCCGUUCGGAUUUGUAAAAAUCUUUUUAUCGAAAUUAAUCUUUUUAUUAUCUACAAACAAACUUUGAUAAUAAUAAUUUCAAAAAAAAAAAAUCGUAUUUUUUUUCUUAUUCACAACAGCAGUACCUAUUAUAUUAACAGUCUAUAAUAUCGUGUAGUUGUAUUUUAUCUUUACGUUUCUGUGUAACUACAUUAUAUCAAAUGUAUGUAUAAUAGAAGUAUAAUAGUACAUAAUAAUAUAGUUUAUGGAUCUAGAAAUUAUACACCUUAUCGGUAUUUCUAAGUGAUUUAUGAAAAACAUAAAAAAAAAUUAAAAAUUAUACUUUGAUAGUGCGCUUAUGCAAAAUAUGUAGAUAUACAAAUAAUGGUAUAUUUAUGAUACUGUGUGAAUUAUGUGUGAUAAAACGAACUGGCUGUUUAAAAAAAAAAAUAUAUAUAUAUUAUAUUGUAUUUUUUAAAUUUUUAAUCGUACUUAUAUAAAACACAUAAAUUAAAAUUACGAUUAAAAUUUUUAUCAACACUCAGCGAUGCAUAACAUUUAUAAAGACAUUCGAAAAUUCAACUUUAACGGGAAUACCGAUGUUUUUUCUCUUUUAACAUGCGUACACAGUAUAACACAUUUAAACAAAUUUCCCAUUAAUCAAUCGAUGUAAAGAAGUGAUAAGAGUAUUCUAAAAAAAGAGCUGAAUUAUUCACAGCAUGGAGUAUUUACGUGAGUACGGCCAAGUCACUUAUUUUUCGUAUUUUAGUUUUUAAUUUCCAAAAGUUUGAUUUGAGAAUGCGUAAAAAAGAAAAAUAAUAACUAAAAUUAAAUUUAAAAAAAACUAUCUGACCGAUCUGAUUUACUCUUCGGAUUGAAUUCAUAUCUGUUUCCAGAACUCUUGUCCACUCCUUUACACCGAUGGGACUGAUUGAAGGAAACAUGCAUGUCUAAAACCCAUGUCUAAUAAUCGCUAUGAUGUAUACGUGCAGGUUAGAUAAAGAAAGAAUAUAUAUAUAUAUAUGUAUUGGUACCUAUUCAAUCCCAUUCAAUAUUCAAUUUAAAAACAUUAAUUAUUUAUGCAGACGUAUUUAUUUAUAAUUUUUAAUGUGCUUUUGAAAUUAAAUAGGUGUAUGAUUUAUUUUAAUUGGCAUUCAAAUAUCAAAAUUAUGGACAGAAAUAUAGGUAUAAUAACAUAUUGAAUACGUUCAUCUUGCUCCCUAUUUUAUUUCACUUGGUUCCUCCAUCCGUGCUGUAUUAUAAUUGACAUUUUAUGGUAACGAAAAUGAUUUUGAGAAAAACUAAAAAUUAUAAUAGUUGAAAAUGUCAAGUUGCUCAUUUUAUUUUAAUUUUCUGAAUAACAAAAUAAUGGCAACAUUUUUAUUAUGUUUUUCCACCACGAUAUUUCAGUAAAUUGUUCUCCAGUUUAUUAAUAUUAUCCGAUUUCAAACCUUCUGAGGUGUUUGCAGACGUUUUAGAACGAAAAAAGAAUCAGCCAUUAUUGCUGCUGUAGAUCCAAUUCCGAAUUCGAGCUGGUAACAUUUAUGCAGAUCUAGAAGGAGGGGGGAGCAAAAUAAUGGAUAUGCACGGUUGUUAUAGUACCUAUUUACUAGAUGUCUGGAUUAAUUAACUUUAAAAAAAAAUUUAAAAAAUUAAUAAUAGUAAAUCCAGGAGGGAAAUGUCCCCAUUUUGUCCUCCUUUCCUAAUUGACGUCCCUGAUGAUAACUGUAGGUAAAUUUAGAUUUUAUUCAACAUUAUAUUCCACGUGUUCUGGCCAUUUAAUAAUUAUAAUUUAUAAUAAACCCUUGGCAAAUAUGAUAUAAUGUUCAAAUAUUUGUAUUGAUUACGGUUUUUGUAGUACUAUAAUUACCUACUAAAAAAUAUUUCAAAUUACUAAACAAUAAUUAAUUUGUAUUCAAAAACUGCAAUAUGCGUGCGGAACUGUAAAUAAUCGUAACUAUAUUAUUAUUAGAUAUACCUAAAACUCUGAUAUUAUUAGUAAUUCAUUCAUUGAAAUUUGUAUGUUUUUAAUUGGAUAUAUCUACUUAUUUGCUAAAAUUUUAAAUUAUUUGUAUACAUGUUUCUAAUUAAUUGAAAAAAAAAAUACUGAUUUAUAUCGCUGUUUAAAAAGAGAAGUUAAAAGGGAGAAUAAGUAAAGUAACUUUUCCAGUUAUCUUUUCUAUAUUAAUUUUAAAUAAAAAAAUAAAAACUUAAUUUAUAUCUUUAUGCAAUGACAAACCAUUGCUUACGAAUAAUGACCCUGAGCAGAAUAUUAUUAUUAUUUGUUGUAUUAUUUCCUUUGUUGCCAAGAUUACCCAAAAAUCAAAAAAUUAUAUAGAAAAUUGCCAGUUUUAGCCAUUUAUUACAAAAGUUACAAGGAAAAUCAAAAAAUUAUCUUACCAAUGCACCGACUAGAUAAAAAAUUUUACAAGAAAUUACCUAUACAAUUUUUGACUAGAACUAGAUUUCUGGUAGAAAAUGUAUUUACAGACACAAAAAAACACAUCAUAAUGAAAUCAAUAGACUCUAAACAUUUUCAGCCAGUAGAGCUAUAUAUAUUUUUAUUUUUAAAUCUGCAUUCAAGAGAAAAACAUCUCAAUUCGGGUUUCGAUUCAUAUAUUAUAAUUUCGAUCGAUAUUUAUAUCCUAUAUAAACGAUUAUUUAAAAUAUUUAUCACAUUAUUUCUAAAAUAUUUACAUUUCUAUAGCUAUUUUUUCAAAAAAAAUUCCAAACACGUUUUCGCUAUUGUUGCAGUGUUUCAACCGCUUGUUAUUAUUAUUAUUUUGUAUUAAAUUUGUAUAUCUUUUUUUGCUAUUAAGGAUUAAAUUUACAAUAUUAUUUUGGAAGGCAUAUAGACGUGUAGAACGUUAUUUUUCAGACACCGUUUCCACCGCCACAAUCGAUCGCAAACCGUAUCUAAUUGAACAGAUACUCUCAUAGUCUCGUCGAUGUAUACCUAUACUCUCAUUAUACUCAUAUUAUAUGUAGGUAUACAGCGAAGACUCGGCGGUAACUAGAUCAGCUAAACUAUAUAAGUAGUCUAUAAUAACAGGUGUUUUUUUUUUCUUUAUCUUGCCGAUAGAAUAAUUGUUUUGGCCGAAUUUCCGCGAGAAAUUUUUUACGAACGUCCGUCGUCCAUUAGAACCAAUGACGUACGCAAAUAAUCUUUCUUUACUAUAUAAUCGAAAAAACCGGAGAGUUAUUCGAUAAUAAUUUAAGUAAUUGCGGUCAAAAAAAAUAUUAUAGUUACUCGGAUAACCUUGCGAGUUACCUGCUCGAGAAAAAAAGUAACUUUAUACAGUUCUGUAACUACAGUUAUAGAAGUUAGAAUUUAUGUGAAAUAUUUCUAAUAACUAUUAUUCUUCAUUAUUAGAUGAUGGAUACAGGUGUGCCACUGUUGUAAGUGGGAAGUUAGGAAGGUAGGAUAUAAUAUAUUCUACUUCUUCGUUAUAGAGUAGUUUAUUUAUUUUUUGAAUUUGAACAAAAUUCGGUUAAAUAUGUUUUGAAAGUGAAAAUUUGAACUUAAAAAACUUAUAAAAAAAAAACUAUCACACUCCGCUCAAUUUCGUGUUAUUUUUUUAAGUGCAAAUUAUAAUGAUUAUGAUCAACUCAUGUUAAAUUGCCAAAUAUUUUUGCUACACCAAAACAAUUGUAUCAUAAAAAAACUAUAUAAUAACACAAAAAUCGACAGGAUGUUUUAUCAAGUCUUAAAAAGGACUAAUAUGUAUUUGAAGUAUAUAAUAGUAUUCGAAGAAAAUGCUAGGUUUUUGCGAUAAAUUUGAACUGAAUUAUAAAGACUAAGUUCAAUUACUAAGAUACUAGUUUUUUAUAACUUUAUUUUUGUAUCUUUUACAUAGUAUAUGUAGUUAUUACCCGACUCUUAUUAAAAUAAUCCAUAAUAGAUUUACAACAUAUAUUAUCGACAUUUUAUGUUUUCAAAACGACUUUAACAGUGACAAUUAUUUUUUUUAUAUAUAGUUAUAUUAUUAUAAUACUAGAAGCGUACACAGGGGGGAGGCUAAAGGGAUGAAUCCCCUCCCCUCCCCAUUGACCAUAUUAUUACUAUUUUAUUGAAGUUCUUCAUAUCAAUUUUUUACGUUAUAUUCCUGAUUAACAGCUGUUAGUUAUAAAUUAUUAUUGACUGUUAUAUAAUAAUUAAUAUCAUAUUAUAUUGUUUACGAAAAUUUAUCAUAUCAACAAAUUUAUGUAAACAUUUUCGCUGUGGUCCGUUUAUACAUUGUUAUCUAUAUGAGCACCCAAGUAUCUAGACCAUAUGAUCAAAAUACAGUGUAAUAACUUUAUUUUAUCAUUUUAGUUGAUAAUGAAUACUUUUAGUGAUAGUGUAAUCGUAGAACAAUGAACAUGAUGGUCAUAAACAGCCAUUGUGGUUGUAAACAAUUCUAGUGAUAUUCGUGUACACCAUGAUCGAAUAUCACGAUUAUUACUUAUUUAUCUUUAAUUUUUAAAUUGCACUAUUGAAUUUUCAAGCUUAAUAUUUUGUCUUUGAGUCUUUUUUUUCAAGCCCCUCCCCUUAUCCCGUCGGAAAAUCUUUCGUACCCCAUUGUAUAAUACUAUUGCAAUUUAAAUAACUCCGUUCUAUUUUCUUCUGCUAUUAUAAUAUUGCCUCUACUUAAAGUAUAAUGUAUAAUGUAUAUUAUAAAUUAUAGAACAAUAUUAUUAUAAUAUGAAAUUCGUUGGACGAAUUUUGUUCGGCUCGUUGACAGAGUAUUAUUCGCUUGCGUUUAUCGCACACCAUGUCUAUCAUGUGUUAUUCGGUACGUCUUAUUUAUGUACCAAAGACGUAACACAAUACAGAUAUUGUGCAAAUUAUUCUUAUAUUCGUAUACACAUACAUCUAUUACAUAUAGGUGACAUAACCACUAUAGAACGUUAUACACCAUAUGUCAUUGUUUAGAUAUUCGAAAAAUAAGCGCACACAGUUUGUAUAUGUGUUACACUUUUAUUUCAAUUUGUCUCCAGUUUUGCCCGCGUAAAAGAACAACUUAUAGUAGCGUACAGCGUUUACACGUAAGAAAUUUUAUUUUAAUUAAAACGGAGAAAAAAAAGCUGAAACUGUUGAUGCGCCACUUUUGUAAAUGAGUAUAGUUAGAUAGGUGGGGUACAUAAAGUUAUUUAAUUUAUGUCUGUCAGCAACGAUAAACCAUUGAUAACGAAAAACAAUUCUUCGUUUAUACGUAAUUUGAACGGCCGUAGUAUUUAAGAUUCAAGAUUUUCAAGGAAAUUUGAUUUUAAAACCAUUAUAAAAAGUUACUAAAUUUACAACAACACACUUUAGUUUUUUUUAUUGACCACUAAGUACAAUUUAUAACGAACCUCCUAUUAAGAGCAAAUCUCCUAUUAUAUCAAACAUUUUGGUUUGGUCUUACAAUUAUAUCCACAUAGUAUCUUCCAAAUAAAAACAUACAAUUAUAAAAUGCUUAUAAAUAGCUCAAAAUCGCCAAAAUGUUACCAUAUUUAAGAAAGUUAUAGGUUUUCUGUAAAAAAUUUAAUUUCCUUAAAAUAUAUUUAGUUGAAUGAGAACAAAAAAAACAAUAAUAAAACCAUUAUUUCUGUAAACUUUCUCAUUCUUUCUACAUUUGUCCAGGUUUUACUCAAUUAUUAAGAAAUAACACGGAAAAUUAAAAAUGGCUUACUUACUCAUCAACUAGAUUAAAAAUAAAACAAAAAAAAAGUUUCUUGUCAUUUUUCGAUUGGUGCAAUAUUUCUGGUAGAAAACAAACCGUGCAAAUUUUAAGUAAUGAAAUAAUAACGCCGUAAAUUCGUCAGUUUUUAUUUCAUGUAGUUUUCCGGUUUUUCCCCAAUUAUUAUAAAAACUGCUUGAAAAAAAAAACACAUUAUAAUAUCCGAGAUUCCAAAACAAAAUUAAAUUGUUUAACUGAAAUUUCGAUUGGAGUGUAUAUUCGACAUAUUCGCUGAUAACAUUUGGUUUUUAGACGGCGAAGAUAUUUCUCGCAUGCAGUAUACUUUUAUAAAUAAUUAUACAAAACCGCAGUAGGUAAAUAAUUACUUUGUAAUUUUUGAGAAAUCGCAAAAAUCCGGUAAAACAAUACAAUUUGACAGUACACGAUACGAAAAUACGCAUUUACUUAAGUUUUUAACGUUAUUAUUAUGUUUUACUCAAUGAUUUCGGAUAAUGCGUUAUUAUUUCGAAUUGCGUUUAAAUCUCUUCCUCUUGGUACAGUAAAUUAACAGAUCUGAACUGUAAACCUGCGUUAUAAUAACCCACUUUUACAAUAUAAUUUCUAAUUGUUUUCGGUUUGUUUCACUGAGUAUACGUCGUGUAUACGAUAGUUCUUCGUUUACAAACCUUACAGACCGGCCCUAAUUUACGCAUGUGCAUGCGUUGCAUGAAUACAGGGCCCUCAAAUUCUUGGCCCCGUUCCCAAUAAUGAAACAAAAUAUAAAAAUUGUAUUCUUUUAAGACAUUUUUGGUGGAUAUACGACUAAGCAAUUAUUAUGCAACGGAAUGUAAACAUAUUAAUGAAAAUAUGUAUAAUUUUCUGCGCGUAAACGUAUAGAAACUUUCAUGUGUUUUUCUUUAACAGAAGAAAAACGAAAUUCUUUAUCGCUAUUAGCAAUCAAUUACAAAAUAAUUAAGUAUGAAAACCCUUAUUUUUUCGCUUGUUUUUAAUUUUUACCAAUCUUUUUUUUUCGAAUUCAGCGUUUUACUAAAGUAAGAAGUGCACAUGUGUCUCUGUCUUUAAAUCAGAUCCUGCUAAAAAAUAAUUUUUUACACGCGUAUACAAAAAAAAACAUUAGAUUCGCGUACUUUAUGUGCGCACUGAAAGAAAACUUUUUGACCACUAUAUUUAAAAUACGCGGAACCGCGAAAUCAAAACAAAUUAUCAAUUACUUAUAUUAUUGAAUUUCGUUUCGUAAAUAUGAUUGCUUCAUUUUAGUUUUACAGAGAUAGGUAUCCAAUUUUUGCAGAGGCAUUGCAACAUAAAAUACCGACUGAUGUAUUAUUCACACACACACACACACAUAUAUAUAUAUAUAUAUAUAUAUGUACCUAAUAGUAUAUUAAAAUCUUUUGUAAUAAGCACAAUUACGAGUAUAUUAUCAGAUCGCAGCGAGAAAAAUAAAAAUAAAAAAAUACGAUAAUGUGGCCGUACCAGAACGAAUCGCAUUUGAUAGAUUAUCAAGUCAAUUGAAAAAAGUCGCGCGCGCGUGCGUUGCAAAAUAAUACGAGUAUAGGUUAUAAUAUUUGAAUAAAUAGAUUUUUCGCCCUCUUCCCCUCAAUUCGAUUCUCGGAAAAUUUAAAAAAAAAACGACGACUCGACGCUCGAACGAAUUAAUUCCGCGCAGAAUCGGUUGUUUUUUCUUUUUUUUUCGCCAAUAACACAUAACUGCGGCGUUCGGUUUUCAGAAUAAUUUUUUAUUAACCGCUAUCACAAUAGUAUAGUGGUAUUCCGAGUGGCAAUUAUCGAAGCAAAACGAGCGCCGCCGCGGCGGUAUAUCCUGUAAUUGUAUAUAUACAUUUUUUAGAUUAAUACGAUUUGUAAAAUAAUUGUAACACGAGUUGUUGUAACAUUCUGUGCAAUCAGAAAAGUUUACUCUAAAAAAUAUUAUUAUUCGUCUGAACCAAUAAAAUAUACUUACAUCAUAGCCGUUCUAAUAUAAAUGUAUAUACUUAUAUUUGUACGUUGCGUGUUCAGAAAUUUUCAAUGGGAGGUGGUGCAAAUAAUAAAAGCACGAAUAAAUCGCAGAAUAUUCGUCCUGAUCCGACAAUGAAAAUUUAAAAUCCAAAUCCAAAAAUGUCAACUCGUAUUAUUUAUAUUAACAUCAAACUAUUCUUCGUAAUUUGGCUGUAAUAAAAAGUUAUUUACGAUUAAACCACCGAACAAAUACUCAAAAUUGUUGUAUUUUAAACCAAUUGCGGGGGAAUUAUCGCAAUCGACGAAUAGGGUAAAAACUUUUAAACGUAUAUAAUUGAGUCGACCUAAUGAUUAUUUAAUUUGAAUGUUUUACCGAUAUAUAGCGGGCACGAUGGAAAUUGGUAAAACGAAUAUAGCAAUACUGUGUGUUUUCAUCGCAACAUGUUUUCAUUGUAUGUGACUAAAAAACUUUAGCUUAGAAUCUCAUAGCUCAUUGCACACAAUGUAUGAAUUAUGCAAACUAAUUCAUUUCUAAGUACGAGCAUUUAUAGUUUUAUACAAUGUGUACAUAAUAGUAUUAUGUAUAUAUUGUAAAUUAGAAAUCACAUCGUAAUAAUAUAGUCGCACACAUCUUUCCGGCGUCAUGUCGUUGGAUUUCUCAAACUUUUUUUUUUUUAUUUCGUAUCGAAUACCACCACUACUUUAGCGUGUAAAAACAUUUUAAAUUUUUUUUUUAUUUCGGUUGAAUAUUUUUUUUCAAACGUACAGAUUUCAAUGAUCGUUUUUUUUUUUUUUUGCUACUGCAAAAAACGCAAGAGAAAACAAAAAAUUUGCGGUUUUGUUGUCCUUCCAAUUACGUAAAGCGUAUCCGAAAUCUCACUAUAUACCAAUAUUAUUGUAAUAUUUAUUUACAUUAAUUGAUUUAUAGCAUCUAUUUAUUCCUUGAAAGUGUACAUAAUAUUAUGCAGUGUUUUAUAAAAUCCUAAUAAAAACAUUCUAACCGCGUUUGUAAUAUUUAUCGAAAAUAUUAUUGUAUAUAUUUUACAUUUUUUUAAUUUCGCGAUAAUAUCAUUUUCAUAUUAUUUUGUUUAGUCUUUCGCCGAGUCUUCAGUUUUUAGAGAUUAUCAAUUAGUUAUUUCGGCACAAUACAAUGACGUGAAUAUAUUAUUUUUAUUAAAUUUGAACACACAACUGCACCAUUAAAAUUAAACUGGUUGGCGCCCCCCGCCCCCCUCCCGGGGAACUAUAAUAUAUGAAAACGAAAUAAACCACCUAUAUAUACGCAAUAAAUAAAAUAUUAUCUAUUUAUUAUAGUUAUAGCGUAUACCUGAAUUUUUUUUUGGACGGCAAACUUAACCGAAAAAUUAAAAAAAAAACAUUCGAUUUAAAUCUCAGAAAUCCACAAUUAGCAAAAUAAUUAAUGUAUAAUAUGUCUCAUCUUAAUAAUUAGUCGUCAUUUCGAGGUCGAGUGGUUUUCGAAAUACACUGCGGCGCGCGAAAAGUGUCACUUUUGUUAAUUUGCGUUUAUAAUGUACCUACUCACAGAUUUGAAUAAUAAAUUACUCGUACGUGGUACGUUUGAGUGUAUACAGUGGGAUCUUGUGAAUUCUGAUCUCAAACUGUAAACCGUUUGUUUAUUUAUAUUUAAUAAUAUGUACAUGUUCGUCUUUCAUAAUGUAUAUCAUUUUUUUUUUUUUUUUUUCAUAACGACGUGAAAAUUUUAAGUGUAAAAUAUCGUUUUCCGCAUGAAUUAUAACUUAUAUUUCAUUAUCAUCUACGGAAAAAUUAUGGUGGUGGCGCCAGGGUAGUUCUGUGAGUCUGAAAACUCGUCGGAAGGAUAACUGAAUACUAAAUUGCUAGAGAGUAUAAUGAGUCGAUUUAAAAUUCAAUUUUUUUUUUUUUUUUUUUUUUAUGAAACUUUAAAAACGACUCAAAUUAGCUUGAUUUCAUUGAAAAUGAGGGAGAAUUCUUAUCAUUAAUGAGUAAACGGAUCAAGAGAUGUUUGUUUGCCGUCUCGAAAUAAUAAGACAAUACAAGUUUGCACCUUUACUUUUUUAAGAAACAAAAUACGACUUAUGUUUCUCGCGUAUUUUUCUCAGAUCAAAUUUCCCAAAUAUUUUUUUUAGUUCGGGCACGCAUGGUGAACCUAGGUAAACUAUUUAAAUGUGUAUUAGUCAACAAAAUCAAUAAAACAAAACCCAAAAACGCUAGGACGACCCAAACUCCGAUGGAUUGACGUAGUUACCAAGAAUUUAUCGAUGAUAGACCAUGAUAGAACGCGACCUUAUAGACAUAUCGUAUUAAAGAGUAUUAUUGGCUUUGAUAGCAACACUGGUCUUGAACGGACCGUUUAGUUGACGAAGAAAAGAAAGCGUUUUUUCUGAACUCACUUAAGAUACAUUAAGAAUAGUAUUCAGUUAAAAAGAAAAUGGUAGAAUUAUUAAAUGAGCAUAAUCCAUCGCCAUGGAUUGAGCAAUCUUCAAUGGCUUUCAAUAAUUGGAUCCGACUCAUAAUAUUGUCUCAACGCCUUAUAAACAAUAAUGACUUGUUAUAGAAAAUUGUAAUUCAUUUUUGAAAUUUAUGUUUUGAAUAAAUAGUUAUGAUGACUUGAAAUUUUAAUUAAUUACCCUAAAAUAAUAUUCGGGAAAUAUUCAAAUGUACCAUUUAGAGAAAACGACAUUCGGACAAAUACUGUUCAGGAUAAAGGUCUGUGAUUCACAUUUUACUAAAAAAAUAAUAAAAAUAAUAAUUGUUAGGCGCUGUGUUACUAUAAAGAAAAAGUUUCGGAUCGGAUAUUCUCUACUACAGGCGGAACUGCAGCGGUAAAUAAAACAAUGGAUAUAAUAUAAUAAGUAAAUUAUGAUAAUUUGUCAACUAUUUAUAGGUAUAAUAAUGACGACAAAUAAUGAUUAGUAAUUAUAUUAUAAUACCAACUAUGAUGACGUACAUACACCGCAAAUUGUUCACGAUUUCUCGUGUCGUUAUUAUUAUUUUGAUCAAUUAGUACCUAAUACCCGAUCGGGUACUUAUCAACGACUGUUGACAUUUUAUUUCAUGUUAAUGAUCACAACAUUUAUCAAACGCAUUAAUAUUAUAAUGUAAUUCUCAAUAUAAUUUUUCGAAAAUGGUCCAUUAUUUUAUGCGUAAAAAAUAGAGCCGUAUCUAAUAUUAUUUCCGAUUGAUAACAAUUAUAACUAAUUUGUUCUUCUCGUCUUCAUAAUUGCCCGAUCGGUGUACUGUUGAUCUCUUUUUCGUUACUUUCAAUUCGUCUUCUUAUCCGUGUUUAUCGCAAUAAUCUGUUUCGCUGUUAAUCUCCCUCCUUUGCAGGACUGCCUAUUCCAUUAUGGCCUUCUACGCCCUCUUCUAUAUGACACUUUUCGUCAAACUAAUCGUGUCGCAGUAAAUGCCCUAUCACUUUGUCCUUUCUGACUUUAAUACCAAAGUAAAAAUGUCAGUAAUUCAAAUAAAUUUGUACAUUUUAUGUUGUAAUUAAUUUACCGUAUAAAAAUUAUCCAAGAAAAUUAAGGAACAUACACACUGCCCAUCUGCUUGACGAAAUUUUAUGUGACCUAUAUUUUAGUUAUCAUUAUCGCAAUUUUCCAAUACAGGAAAUUUUUCUUAAUAUAUUGACUAUGCAUCACAUUAUUGAUCAAGUAUUUUUAAGAAAAAAAAACAACGAUUUUCACUCUGUUACAAAAGUAGGAUAUUUUAAACAUGCACAAAUAUCUAUUCCUAUUUUAGAAACUCUUGUUUAACAAUAGAUUUUCGAUAAUCAACGACCACCGUUUUUGCGAUUAUAAGUAAUAUGUAUAUAAAUACAUUGGCAUUUAUAAAAUUUACUUAAGUCGAAACAAUAGAAGAGAUUGUUUUUCAAUUCGUACUUAGGUCUUAAUAGGUAUUCUAACAAAAAAAAGUCGAAUUACAUCUUUAACGAAAAUUUUUUCGAAAUAUACGUUUAAAUGUAAAAUAUAGUAUUAUAAAUUUAUUUUUGUUUGUUUACACGUGUGUAGUGAAAUAACAUUUUCAAAUAUAUUAAAAAUCUGCUUUGCGGUAAUAAAUGAAACGUUUUAUAGUACGUAUAUAUUAUUAUGAACAACUACGUUUUGACGUUUCCGGUCAAGGUUAGCCGGAUUUUAAUUUAAACGCUUCUGUCUGAAUUUUUAUCAUUUCAUUAUUAUUAUUAUUUUUUGUGAUCACAGACUAAUAAAACCAAUGCCGUAUUAUACAAUAUUCAGAAACCAACAACACCCGUGACACGAUCCGUAAUCUGCUGUACGAUGAAAACCUAUAUUUAAUUUCUGAAUAUUAUUCGGUGAUUUCGAAUGAGGUUAGGUUAAUAAUAAUCUUAUUUAACUUUACGAUACCUACGCGAAUAAAGAGGCAUUCUUAAUUCUAUUAGUCGUGUUCCGUUGAUACGCGUAAUUAACAUCAUUUUAAGUAUUUUUUUUUUAUAAUUUAUGGUCUUUAUAUUAUAUUGUUAUCUUAAUAAUCAACACGGUGUACUGAUUUUUUUCCUGUAUAAAAACGCACGCGCUACAUAUUGUUAGGUAAAUGUCGCUUUUCACUAUAAAUUCUCUCCGCGUAUUUUUUUCGACAAUCAAUUCGGUAUGCCUAUCUAAUAAGGUGCCUACAUAAUAUUAUUAUCUUUUGUUCGUCAAAUGUCAUUACCGUAUUAAAUUUAAGUUACCCGAGUGUGAUUUUUAAUUUAAUUUAAUGUGGGUAUUUAUUUUAUUUUAUUUUUGUACUCGAGAUAAAUGGUUUGUAGUUGGUAUAACAAAUUAAUAACCGAGUAUAGUGAGUAUAAUAUAGUAGUCGAGUUCUAAUGUACAAAACAAGAUUUACAAUAAUUUCAAUGAGUUUCGCUACAGAGAAUUUUCUAUAUAGAUGCAAAUUAAACCUUAAGUUAGAACGAUCACUGCACUAACAUAUAACAAAUUAUAUUUUACUUCGUAUUUUGUAUUAAGUAAAACUGUCGUUAUUUUGUUUCGUAAAACAAACGUUGAGUGAAAAGAAUUAAUAUAUUAUUAUAAUAUUAAGUAAGUAAGUCACAUUUUAUGUUGUAGUGCCUGUUUUUGUCGUUUUAUAAAUCGUAACAGUUUAUUAUCAACAGAAGUUUUCAUCAAAAUAUUUACGCUUUUUCAUUUAUUAACUUGCGGUUUUUAAAUUGUACGCGACUGCUAAUUAUUAAAAAAAAGUAAUAAUAAUAAAUUAAAACAUUUAAUAUUCGUUUUAUUGUAUACAAAAUGGUUUUUUACAUGUAUAAUUUAUAAAUACUACAAUACAUAUCAAUAAUGUACACCAGUGUUAAAAUAUAUAAUCAACAGAAUUGCACAUUUACUUUUUUAAAUUAUAUGCUUUAUAUUUUAUAGUUGUGAAAUUUUAUAAUUGCGUAUAAUCAUUACACAUUUAUACAAUUUAUUGUUAAUUCGAUUUUAUUCGUAAAAAUACAAUAUUGUUGGUUAUAACUAUACUUUUUUUUUAUUAUUAAUAAAACCAUACUACCGUUUAGAUUUAAUUUUAAAAAUCUCUAAUAAUAUUUACAAAUUUACAGUUAGUUACUUAAGCACGUGGAAAAUACAGUUAACUUUUUUGACAUUUUAAGAAAUCAAGUACUCUUCAAUACUUCCUAUAGAUUAAAUAAAGUUUUAUUAUAGGGGCCCCGAAAAAAGUUUAAUAGCAACUAAAUUAUUGUGAAAUAAAAAUGUUAAAAAACUAGUUCUUUCUGCUCACGAGACUCAUCAAAAUUACAAAUAAUUUCCUCUCAGAGGCUCUAAUCUAAAACGUACGCAUUCUGUAAUUCCCGCACAAAACCAAUGUCGAUUAUUCUAUAUAAUUUAUUAAUUAUUUUAAUAUAUAGGUUAAAAUAGCAUAUACAUUUGAUUUGUGUAUCUGCAGGGAUAUAAAAUAUAAUUUUUAUUUACCAUAUUAUUUGAAGCAUUUUAGAGUUGUAAUGUUAUUUUUCAAGUUUUUUUUGUAAUUUUUUGCUAAUGCAUACAAUGUAUGUAUUAUAUAUUAAUUAUGAUUUACUUUGUGUUUUUCAUAAAUCUCGUAGAAUAGUGGAACAAAGUUAUUAUUUAUGUGAAUCUAUGAGAAAAUACCCACACUUCCGUUUCAUUUAAAAAUAUUUCAUAUUAUGGUCAGUUUUAUCGUAGCCCUUCGAUAUUGUGUAUUUUAUAGCGUUCCAGUACUUUUCAAUAACACAAAAUCCGAGUCCUGGUCACACUUGUCCGCAGCAAUACUUCCGGUUUAAAAACAUACGACCGGCCUUCGAAAUAUCGUUUCAUUCUUUCCGAUUUCACUUCGAUUAUUCCCCUCUCCCUCUCUUAUCUUCGCUGUCCUCCGCUAUCACCGACAAAAUUGUUAUAUUCCUACUAUAAAAUUAAAAUCGCGUCACGUGAUUUUAAUACUAACAUUUUAUUUCGGCUAUUUUGGCUGUUUAAUAAUAGUAUCUUUAACCCGUACACUAUACAUAAAUUAUUAAAUAAGAAAAAAAUACAUUUCAUUAUUAUCGUUGUUUUGUAAAAUCUAUUAAAAUAUUGUUAGGUUGUGUAAAAUAUGCCGAAAGUUUUAGAAUAAAAACAUUCGUAUCCAAUUGCUCUUUUCGCGUGCAGAAAUGCCGAUUUACGUUUGAUACAUGUUAACGUCAGUGGUGCGUAUACGAAAAUUUCCAUAUUUAUCUAAACAAAAACUAACGCUACGCAUAUAUAUAUUAUAUAAAAUGCAAUUAAUAUAAUAGAAUCUAAUCACGACGAAAUAUUUAAAAUAACGUGUUUAAAAAAAAAUUCUAGGCAAUUUUCUUAAAUAUAGGUAUAGUGUUUUCGAAUAACUACCUAAUUUUGUAUAAUAAAGUGGUGCAGAUAACCGAAAACAGCAUAAAUCGUGUCCAUAGUUCGUUUGUUGAAUAAAUGGGUAACAAGGAUGAAAUAUUUUAUUAUUGCCAGUUUGCUACACGCGGUUUUGAUAAAUUUUGUCUCCAAUUUUUUCUUUUUUUUUUCUUUAACCAAAAAAAUAUAUAAUUUAAAUUAUUUUGUCUUUUUUUCACUAUUUCUCAUUUAUUUGCACUUUAAUAUUUAGAAAAUGUCCUAUCUAUUUUCAAACUAUGCUAUAAAACUGGACCAAACAAUGGUGUAGGGAAAUUGUCGGUUAGUUACAAAGAUUACCUGAUCUACAAAUUUAAAAGGUAAAUUUGUUUUCAAAACCAGCUAUCAUAUUAGGUAUGAGUGUAAAUCCCUGCCAUCGCUGUCCUUUGGCAAAUCUACUGGUUACUGGACAAUGAUUUAUUAUGGUAAAUAUAAAAAUUUAGAUUUUAAUUAACUCUAUGGCAUCUUAGAUUUUAAGUGGCGUGAAGAAGCUUAUAGUUUUACAAAUAUGUUUAUUAUAUUAUUUUUAUUUUUAUCUGUGAACAAAUUUCUACCAGAAGAUUUGCUCAGAUUUUUAAGUAUAGCAUCUUUUCUCAAAUUAAAUCGGUGUGAGAUGGUACUUUAGGGAGGUCAUUCUUAAAAAUUUUCUCAUAAAAUGAGAAAAACCGAAAAAUAAAAAUGGAAAUAUGUACGAAAUAUAUUACUUAAAUAUUACGAUUUUUUUUUCAGUGUACAACUUCUAUCAAUUUUGAUCAAACUUAUAAUGAUAGCAAUGUUUCUAAAAGGAAAUUUCACUAGGGAGGUACCUUAGAGGGGUAAUUUUUCGAUUUUCUCAAGAGUUUUUUCAUCAAAUUUGAAAAACCAAAAAACACAAAGGAAAAAUAGGAAAAACAUAGGAAAACUGGGAAUAUCGGUACAAAAUUUAAACAAAUAUUAUUUAAGAAAAUAUGUAAAGCCUAUUUAAUUAUUUACUGUAAAAUUAAAUGUAUUGUUUAAAAAGCAUCAUUAUCAUCUGAACUCCACUCAGAAUCGUUUUUUCGUAAGCAAUGGUUCAUCACAUUACAUUAAAUUAUCUAUAACAGUGGCUGCAAAGGUUUAUAAAAACUACCAGGCUAGGGUGUUGAUUGAGGGGAGAAUUAUCAAAUGUUUCGCCUCUUACCUUACUCUCCACCAUUCAAAUAAAAACCUAAUGAUUUCAACGCCAUCUAGUAGCUUAAUUUUAGAAAUAUUUUAGUCCUUUGUUACCAAUAUCUUAGCCCGUGUUAACGUGUCCUUUGACACGUAUUUGACGAGUAAUUUAAUUUUACCUAUUGAAAACGAAGAAUUGCUCCAUUUCAGAAUUUCAAAGCAAGAAAAUCUGGAUAAUAAUUAAAAAUUGCUUAAUCCGUGUUCAUCAGUUAUAUUACAUUAACAUGUAGAUGGUGCUAAAAUCGGUCAAAUCUUAUAAUCGCCUGCACUCUCCGUAAGCGUAAUACUUAUGGCUUACAGAUGUUGCACCUGAUGACAUCCGUUAUAUCUUAGUCCGUGAUUUGCGUCAGUACUGUGAUAUAUUAAACGUCGUAAUUAUGAAUUAAAAUUGCAUACCUUCAGUAUACGGAACUAAAAUACAACACACUAAGACCACAGAUAUAUAUAAUAACUAGAUAGCCAACUGUGUUCUUAUAAAUGAUGUUCAACAGCCAUUUACAACUUAGGCAAUGUUUACUAAUCGUUCAAAUGAUAAGAAAAAACAAAUGCGUGUAACGGGGCUAAGGUAAGGAUUUAGACUAAGAGAAAAAAUGUUGAAAUAAAUCAAACUCCAACUUGAGUUUAUAAAUAAUUUAUAUUUCCCACUCAAAACUACUUAAGUCCAAUAAAUUCAAUUCACAAACAUCAAAAAAUAUUCUAAGUCCAAUUUAAUAAAACUCACAAAAAUAUUUCAUAAAACAGAGUGACGCGAAGUUGCUCGCAUUUGAUCGUAGUGGACUCGUUUGAUUAGACGAUGUUUCGGGCGGCGUUAUGUAUGCUUGGAGGGAUCCCCGCAACCCUUCGUUCACAGUCGCGGCUAUCUAUAUUAUUUCGUUUAAUGUACAUUUUUUUAUUAUUUUGUAUGUCAUCGCUAAUGCGUUAUGUUAUGCUCAAUUUACAAUUGUAAAAGGGUACGUUUUACUAUUACUUCGGUUCGCUCUUAUUUGGUGCUGGUCGAAAGGUUAAUGUGGCCGGUUAAUAAGUUUCUUAGCCCCUGGCUUUGGGUAGUGUUCUCCCAUGGAAUUGUCCCUCCUUUCGUAUAAUUCGGCGCGUACGCAAUUUAACCCAGCAUUUAGUACGGUGGUUACUAGCGCGUAUACUUAUACGUGGGUGAAAUACGUAACAAACGGUUCAAUUGCUAUAAUUACGACUUUUGCGAUUUGGAAAAAAUAAAACUGUACAAUGAACAUUUUGAAAACAAUGUUGAAGUCAGUAUUUGACUAUUAGACUUAGUUUUGAAGUAUAGACUUAUGAAAAUCACGGUUGUCCGUUUUAAUUUUUUUAAUUUUGCUAGUUAAAGUUUAACAAAAUAUAGUUGCACACUGCGCCUACUGGUUUCAACCCCAAGUAUCAGAACUAUAUUAAUAUGCGAAUAAUAAGUAUUAAGUAAAAGGUCGGAUUUUCACAGUUACUAGAAGUGUUAACAGUAUUCACAAAGUCUUGUCAAUCUUUAAUUAAUUAACUUUAAAAAUCCAUAAUAGUACGUUUGUUGUCGGUUAAUAUUCUAUGUUAACGUAGUUCAUGGUUAUUAUAUUUAUCUCACUAUCUGUGAUUAGGACAGCAUACAAAUGAUAAGAAUUUGUAAAUAUUUCCCAAAUAAAAAUGGCACUGGGCAUCAUAUAAAUCACAAUAAAUAUACACAUACAUAGAAUGAUUCACUAAGCGUGCUCACCCCAUUUAUUUGGUUAUAUUUUACAUUUAUUAAAAAUCUGAUUUUUGAAACUUUAAAGUGUAGUUAAAGCCGAUAUUUUCGAAUACUUAUGUUUUCCGUAAAAUUUAAGGAGUAUUCUGUGAUGAUACUAACUUUGGUUUUUCAAACGAGAAUCCAUAUUAAAAAUUCCAUAAAUAGACGGAGUAUUACUACAAAUACAUUUUUGUGUCAAAAUUGUUGAUUUCCGUCUUCCCGUUAACGAGAUAUUCCACUUUUAAGUAUAGAUAAUAGGGAGAGAGUAUUGAAAUAUUAAUAAAAUGCCACACGCUGUUUCACCACACAAAUGACACUACACUUAAAAGUUCCAAAAAUCAGACUUUGAAUACAUGAAAAUUAAACCAAAAAAAUUGGAUGAGCACGCUUAGUGAAUCAUUCUGUAUAUCUGUGGCUUAGACAAAUUAUUGAAAUAAUCAUAUCAGUUUCAAAUUAUGUUUUCGACCUCUAGUAUUUAAAUUGUACCAAUGGACCAUUGUACCUAAUGAUGAUGUUCACUCUAAAUUAUAACAUUAUUUGACAAUAUACAUACAUGUACCUACCUAAUAAUUUCUGAAGUUAAAUUAAUUUUUUUUAUACCAUUAACAACUAAUGUCAUACUGGUUUUAACAUACCUUGCAAAGUCGCAACAGCAGUACUAAAAAAUAAAAUAAAAAACAUUUGUUAAUUAUUUAAUAAUUAUCACUAUUAAUAGAACAUCGACUGAUAAAUUGUAAUUCCGUAUUAUCCCAGAAUAAGGAUUGUGGAGGCCCAGGGGGCCAUAUUAAUAAGAAGGCUUAUUCUGUUAAAAUAAAACCAAUAAAUAAAAAAAACUGUCCUAGGAUAAUGAAGACGGGUGCAGCCACUAUUAUAGGUAAUUUAAUAUAUAUUUGUAAGCAACGAUAAACCAUUGCUAACGAAAAAUGAUUCUGAGCGGAAUUCAGUUGAUAGUAAUGCUUUGUCAACAAUAUAUAUGCCAUGUUAUGGUAAAAUAAUAUGGUAGGCAUUCUAUAUUUUCUUUAAUAAUAUUUGUUUAAUGUACCAAUUUUCCCGUUUUUCUUACGUUUUUCCCUGUUUCCCCAUGUUUUUCCCAGUUUUUCAUAUUUGCCAGGAGAACUCUUGGGAUAAUCAAUAAAUAACUUCCUUAAAGUACCUUUAGAGUCCGAUUUACUUUUAGAAAAGUUGCUAUACUUAAAAAUCGGAUUAAGAUUUCUGGUAAAAAAGUUGCGGACAGAUAAAAAAAAAUGAAAAUCUUUGUAAAACUAUAAACUUCUUCGCCCCACCACUCAGUAUCUAAAAAGUCUUUGGUUAUUGGAUUCAAUUCUUAAUAAUGGUUUUUGUGGGCCCCCACUUCUCGCGGCCCCCUCUGCUCCUUCCUUAAACCGGGCCUGCCCGUGUUAUCUUAAUUCGUGAUCGUAUAUUAUCUUAGGCCAGUGGCUAUUUUUGUGUGAACUUCAUUAAAUUCAGUGCACUACAAAAUUCCAAAUGUGCACUACGAAAAACUAAAAUGUGCUUCUGCCUGCUACGUUUUUAUUAUAGACGAGCCACAAGUUUUUACAGAUAAUUUUUAAAGUAAACAAUUUUUUUUUUUUUUAAGUAUAUUUACAGUGUAAUCAAUCCUCGUUAUCACGGAAAGUAUUUACUUUUCGGAAUUGUGUUUUGAACAACUUAUAAACUCUAAAAUGUUACAUUUCCGUCAUUUUUUGUUAUUCUUAUUUUUGGGGAAGAUAACACUUUAUAUUUUUAAAUAGCAGCAUAUAUUAAAAAGUCCCAUAAAUAAUUGACGUUUUAGUUAAAAUAAAUAUUAGUGUUGAAAAUAACAAUUUCCGUCAACUCUCUGUACAUAUCAAACUCAAAUACAGUAUGUGUGUGCACUACGGAAAGUGUAAAAAAAUAACCACUGCCGUAUGCUACUGCAGUAACGCAAUAAAUGUAUAAUUUUAUAUAAUUUAUACCUAGAUGUGUUUUUUUAAGUACAUCGAUACCAACAUCCGACGAAUUGGUUUCUAAUUAAAACCUAACGAUUAAAACGCUGGUAAAUACGCGCGACCGAAACGCCUGCUAUGUUACUAGCUGCAGCUUUAUCAACAAAAAACCCAUUACCAUUAACUUUUUUAAUGUACCUAUUGUGAAUUGUAACGUACAAAGUAAUAUUCAUUAUUUUUCAUAAUAGUUUAUUUUUAUUUUUUUUUAUUGUGUGUUUCUACAAAUUAAUUAACUUUUCGUGAAUAACCGAACCAGUAUUAUAUUAUGGUAGUAAAUUUCGAGAUAAUUGUUAACUAUAUAUUAUAAUAAUAUUAUAUACGUAUAUGGUGUAAAACAGAUAACGCGAGAACCAAAGGUUAUCCACGUUAUCAUUAUAACAUGAAUAUUAUUAUCGAAUGAAUUUUUCUAAAAAAAAAAAAAACCCGCGUGUUUACCACUGGUAAUAACUUCAGUAAAGUGUAUACGAAAAUAUUUGAGUGUUUCUUUAGUGAUAAAUUUAAUUUAUUUUUUAUUCGUCCCGCGAACUAAUCUAUAUGGUCUAGUGAUGCUCAACUUUGUUUUAUUUGUUUCGUCUAGAAUCGAUACACAAAUAUUUUCAGUUGUUUUUUGAAAAAUGCAUACACCGUCAACACAAACGAGUUAAAAACUUUUCUUCGUGAUGUGAUAACCAACGGACGUGCGUUAUUGAAAAUCCGAACCCAUUUCUUUAUUGCUGUCUAGUCGGUGCACUCGGGGAGCCAGUGAUGUGAUUAUUUUUGAUUUUCUAUAGAUUUGCGGGAGGGCGGGUUAUUUGAGUUAUUUGAAACGUUCGAGUUUCUAUUUUCUCGAUUUCGCACGGAGAAAACGGUUUUGGUCUUCGUAAUAAUGAUUGUAGGUACUAUAACGGGGAUAAUUUUCAAAUCUCGCGAUCACAUCGUCGAUCGGCCCCGGGUUGAGGAUACGCGCACUCGGCCGAUAUAAUGUAAUACUACGCACGACAACGAUACUUUUAGACUCGCAUACAAUAUCAUUUCCGAUCGUCUAAUUAAUUAUGAUAAGGCGUAUUAUUAUAUACUCUAACUUCGUGUGCGCGUGUGGUUCAAUAAUGAAUCGAGCGGCUACUAUAAUAUACGCGGGAAUGGAAACCCUCUCCCGGGUCGUGUCAACGUUGCCAUCAUCGUAAGAGAUGUGUAUAAUUACAGAUAAUAAAAUACUAAAUUCCUACUAUUAUAUGCACGUUGUUAUUAUUAUUAUGGAAAACGAUUCAUUAUCAUUAUUAUUAUUAUUAUUAUUAUUAUUAUUAUUAUUGUUGCCCGCUUAUUAGCGCGUGUUAUCGAACUGAUUCCACUCCGAAUGUGUGCGGCACUCGUAUAAAUAUAAUAUAAUACCUAAUAUACCUACUUAUUGUAAUGAUUUUAAUCGACUAAACGAUGGCACUUGUAUUGUUGUUGAACGGUUCUGCAUUAUAGGGUUUCGUUUGGAAUAUUAGAAUUCAUGUUAUUAAAAUAAUAAUUAUUGGCAUUCGGCUCGCCGACGCGUGCAGUCGUGUUUUUCCGCGGUGACGCUGGCGCCCGCGCUUCGAUAUAUUUUCUUAUUAUUACCUACCCGUGUUUGUGUAAUUUUUUCGAGUUUUAAUUUCUUUUCCUCUCUCCGCGACCGGCGUUAUAUUAUUAUAGCGAAACGACAGUAAUAUCCGCGAUGGCUAAAGAAUACAUAUCGCUGUACGGAACUAUCGUUAUUGUUAAUUUGCAUUAUUAUUGUUAUUAUUAUUCACAUUUUCGUGUCUACGUAUUGUCAACGUUACCUAUAUUAAUAACUUUAUGAGUUCGUUCGGACAAUUUAUAUAUACAUAUGUAUAUGUUUGUAUACGUGUGUGUGUGUGUGUGUAAUUUAUUUUUUCGUUUUUCUGCAGAUUAGCCGAUAACCCCAAGUACGGGUCCGUUGAUGACGACGUGUUUAUGAGCACGCCACCGACGAUGACCGGAGCUUUCGCACGUCAGUCGUCGACCGGUUCGACCGGCAAACAGCUCGUGUACUGUAUACACGGCAAACCGUCCGGUUGUUGCGCCACGCUGGUGACCGAGGACCAAAAUUCCAACCAGAAAUCCGAUCAGCCCUCACAAUCGUCCAUCACAAUAUGUAAGUGUACCAUCGCGACGAACGUACGUAAUACUAUGAUAUCGGUCGUUAAAAAAUGCAAUUUUUAGAUUUCGAUGUGUUCCACCAUCUCGGUUCUCUGAAAAAUCUCGUUCGGUUGGUAAAAAUCCGAUUCGAUUUUUUUCACGCCCUAUACCUGGCAAAAGAUACGGAAUUUUCGACCGGCGGCACAUAACAUUCCACUAAAUUCUGAAUAGUUUUUCCACGAGGUUGGGGGGACACGACUAUAGUAAUAAUAAGUUAACCGACUUCCUAUUUUUAAUUUUCAAACGGCAACCUAUAUUUAAAAUUCCACAAAUAAACGGAGUUUUAGUUUAAGCAUCAUUUGUGUGAUGGCAUAGCGCAGUGCGUUUAAACAGUGCUUCGCUGUUCUUUUCCUACACCUAUAAUAGGUUGCAAUUUUAAAAUCAAAAGUAAGUAGUUGGUUAACCCCCAAAAAUAAGGGAGACAAAAAAAAACGUAAUGUAACAUUUCAGAGUUACUUGUUUCUUAAAUUUUACAACAAAUUAAAUUACGAAAAAAGUUGUUAAUACUUUCUGAGAUAGUGCAAUGAUCGUAUCUUCGUGGGAUACUCUGUGUGUAUUUAAUCUAGCCAGUUUACCGAGGUCCACUCAGAAUCGUUUUUAUUUUUUUUUUUUUUUUUUUAUUUCAAUGAUAUCUUUAAUUGUUUUCAGUUAAUAUAUACGUAAAUACCUAUUAUCUUAUAUUCAAACCUUUCGAACUAGCCGUUUAGUAUGCGACUUACCCGCGGGAUACGAAGUUAGUUUUUUAUUUUUUCCGGAGACGCUUGUUUGAUCAAUUUUAUCAAAUUAUAAUCCGCAAAAAGCGUUGAAAAUCCACCGUGUCGGUUUUUAAAAUAAAAUGUCGCAUUAUCCUGUAGUUCUGUCUGCGUUUAAUAGUAUAUAGCGAUAGUGAGCAAUUAGAACUAUACCAUCUACAAUACAAUAGAUAAAACUCAAUAAUUUUAUUCUACUAAAACAAAAUAUAAUAUGGUGCAAUAUUUAUCGAAGUUUUAAAAACCGUGUGUGUGUUUGUGUAUAUAUAUAUAUAUUAAUAAUAAUAAUAAUAAUGAUAUGACUGGCCAGAAGAUUAGAUUAAACGUAUAACAUAUGAAAAAAAAAAAUCAUACAAUACUUAAUCAAACGCUAUUUUAUUUUUUGUUUAAAUUUUUGUGUAAAUAACUUUUUACCAUUGAAAAUCUUAUAUUUUAAUCAAAAACUUUACGGGAACUUUCUUAUAGAAUUUUUGAUGUAUAAUUGGUACAUUGAGAAAGUCAGUUUCUAAUUGUUCUUGUAUAGUUAUCUUAAUAAAUGAGAAAAACUGUCAAUUUUUGGUAAUAUUUUUUUUGAUUUCUGGACUGCUUUGGCGACAAGGGAAAAAAUACUUCUAAUAAUACUUUGAUCACAAUCGUUUUUCGUCAGCAAUAGUUUAUUACUACAUAUUGAUAUAAUUUAAAUCACGCUAUAUAUCCUGUCUUCCAACUUUUUUCCUAAAACAGUUUCACACCCAUCAACAAUAUCAACCUUUUUAUUAUUGUUAUUAUUUUUUUUUUUACGUUCACGUCGCACGUUAGUCCAAAUAAAAUACAUCUGUCUGUUUAUUAUUUAUAUUAAUUAAUAUUAUAAUCUCGUCGGCAUUAACGAUGAAGUAUCUGUUAAACAUGCGGAUUUAAUUCGUAUUGUAGAGAUUUUUUUUUUAAAAGUCGGCGAAUUUUUAAUACUUUAUAAAGUAAUGUAUAGUAUAUAGUACACUUUGUAAAUUAUUGUCAAGCAACGCCCGGAGUAUUAUUAUUAAGAGGACGUUAUAACCUUAUGUACCUAUUGUCUGCGUUUUACAACCACGUGACGUGGACAAUUUUCAUUCAUCAGGGACAACUCUGUGUCGUUAGUUUUAAUAUUGGUGUGAAUUGACUUACUGUCAAGUUUAAAGACAAAAAUAUCAUUAUCUGUGUCUUGUCUUUUUUUUUCGUAAUUUUAAUUUUUAAGAGAGUCAUUUUUAUGAGUGUGUAAAAUAUUACAAUUUAAAAAUGCUUAUAUUUCGCUUAAAAAUUUAAAAAUUAAAAAAAAAAAAUAGGUCAAUCAAGUGGUUGUAAGACAGAGGCAGCGGGUAUAAUGUUCUAUUUUCCCCCCUUUUUUUUUCAGUCAGCGAACAUUGUCAUACGAACAACCGGGAAACGGCUUCUGCCGAUCAUAAAAAGGCCAGACGAAAACUCAUAUUCGCCAGCGUACUAUGUCUUAUUUUCAUGAUCGGAGAGGCGAUCGGUAAGGUUAAACGCCUAAUGUUCCGAGAGAAAAAACUAACAAUACUUACUGAUAUUAUUCUAGGGGGAUAUCUGUCGAGCAGUUUGGCGAUAGCCACGGACGCGUCGCAUCUUCUCACGGAUUUCGCCAGCUUCAUGAUAUCGCUUUGCGCCCUGUGGGUGGCCUCGAGACCAGCCACUCGGGCUAUGCCGUUCGGAUGGUACAGGGCCGAAGUACUGGGAGCGCUGACGUCCGUCCUCCUGAUCUGGGUGGUCACCGGCAUUCUGUUGUAUUUGGCCGUCGAACGCAUCAAAAACAUGUCGUACUCUAUCGAUGCCAACAUUAUGCUUAUCACGUCCAUCAUCGGACUAUGUGUUAAUGUAGUGUGAGUAUAAUAGUCUUGGCUAUAAAUUAACGUGCGAAUAGGUUCGCUUUACGGAUUUUAAGUAACCAAACCCGGAUUAAAACAUUCAGAGGGCCCGGAGGCAAACUUUUUAACAAAACCCUCAAAAAAAAUGUUAAACAUUAUAUUAACUACUCAAUAUGACCAUAUGCUUUAUAAAAAACAGUAAAUAAUGUAGAGAUAAAAAAUGUCAAUUCAAAAGGUAUAUGUAUGUUAAUUAAAUGAUAAAUAAAUCAAUUUUUAUAUAAAAAAAAAAAAAAAAAAAUGACUAUAACUUAUAGUUUCCUUUAUAAGAAAUCAUCGAAUAACGAACUAAUAUUAAAAAUAAUUAAAUAACAAAACACAAAAGUUAAUGAUUAUAUAAAGAACACACUUAAGCGAAAACUGCAGAGGCCCUUGGAGUCUUUUACAUCCUUUUGCCCUUUAAUCCUCUGCUGUAAAUAACGGCGGUUAGUAAAAAAACAUUCAUAAUAUAUAUCGGCGAGUUUUCAAUCAAUUAAUAAAAUUUAACGAGUUUUAUAAGGAACAGAGUAUUAUACUAACCUUUUACCUAACCCGAAAUUUUACUGCUAUGUAUGAGUAAUACAAUGUGUGUUAUUGUUUUCGCAUAUUGCAGUAUGGGUUUGACCCUGCACCAGCACUCGCAUUCGCACGGCGGUCUCGAGACGCAUAGCCAUGAGACUUCGGGUCGGAACAGCUCCAACAACAUCAACGUCAGGGCGGCCUACAUCCACGUCCUCGGAGAUAUCCUUCAGAGUCUCGGGGUUUUAGUAGCUGCCGUUGUCGUAUACUUCAAAGUGAGUAUCUAUAUUUAUGUGACUUACUAGUGAACGUUAUAUAUGUACGUGCUGUUCGGCACGUAACCAAAACUCGCAGAAUUCGUUUUAUUCGACCCUACCCACGUAGGUAUACAUUAUAUAUUAUAACACACGAAAUUCCUCGCCACAAUUUGAUAGUUUUUUUUUUUUUUUAGUCGUCUUCUUAUCGGAUUCGUUAGCCUAUUUUUCUUGUAUAGGUACGUAUUCAGUUGUCUACAAGUGUUUAUGGGGUUUUUUUUUUUUCUAAUCGGCACUUAUGCGUGACGGUAGUUAUAUUUUUCUCGUUUAAUAUUAUUUAUUAUACUUUUAUUAUUACUUGUAUAUUAUGCUGAUCCACUAUAAUUAUUGUUAGAUAUACGCCAAUACAAAUAUAAUAUAAUAUUGUUUACAACGUUCCGUCUGCGCGAAAUUAACCGAAUAUAUUACUUAUUCAAACAUAAUAUUAUUGCACAUUAAUAAUAAUUGACACAAUAUCUACCUACGGUAAAUUUAUAGUUGUAUUUUUUUUUUCUAAUUUUCUCGACAACCGCCGAGGUUUGUGUUUGUAUACUAUACAAUAGUAAUAGUAUGGUUAUUAACCGUAAUACAAUAUAUAAUAUAUUCUGUUCGUAUAAUAUAUACUGACUCGUUCGAAUGUGUAUACAGAACGUUCUAAAAAAGUUUACUGCAAGUGAUAACGUGAACGUGAAUUCGUUUAAAAUAUGUUCGUAAUGAGACACUCCGGCAUAUCAAUAGGCAUAAAGUGUUAUACGCGUUUAAAUAUUCCAUUAAAUGUGUAUAUACGUGAUAUAUUUGAUAUACACGCACCUAGAUAACUCGCAUUACAGACGUUGUAUAAAGAUACAUUUUAAAAUAUCUGCAAUAGAUAAAGUAAGGUAACACGCUAUAAUUGCUAGAAUAAUAAAUCUAGGUGAAGAUAAAAGAUACGUACACAUCUAUAGAUUUCAUAACAGUUGCGUGAUUGAUGUAACUUAAUAAUUCAUAAAUAAUGACCAUAAUAUCAAUUCAAAUUAAAUAUUUUACCUAUUUUCUAUACAAUAUAUAAAUAAAUUCAAAGUGUCUCUCUGAAACGGCUGAUCCGAUUACAAUGAGACUUUUACUGCGAGAUAGAGUCCGGGGCAUAAUAUAGACUACAUUUUAUUCCGUAACUCAUCCUCGAAAGAGUUGAUGAGACUCGAUUUUCGAUUUUAUAAUUCGAAAUGUUUUUUAUUUAUGGGUUACCCUGGUGACACCGUCACAGAUGAAAAGAAAACCGUUUAAAUUAUUAUUAUAAUAUUCAAAUUAUAAUUAUUAAUAAUAUAUUCAAAUUUGAAAAACCGAUAAAACAGAGGAAAAACGGGAAAAUAUAAGAAAUGUAGGUAUUAAUUAAAAUAUAUUAUGGUCUCUUUUUUUCCUGUAAGCAACUUUUCUACUAGUAAUUUGGCUCCGAUUUAUAAUGAUAGCAAUUUUUCUGAAAAGAAAUUUGACUGAGAAGGUACUUUAGGGAGGACAUUUUUCGAUUUUUCCAGAAAAUGUAAAAAAAAACGGGAUAAAACCGGGAAAAACAUAGGAAAACUGGGAAAAUCGGUAAAAUAUUAAACAAAUAUUAUUUAAGAGAAUAUAUAAUGCCUAUAUAAUUAUUUUAUGAUAAUAUGGCAUAUACGAUAUAUGUAUAUAUAUAUAUAUAUAUAUAUAUAUAUAUUAUUAACAAAAUAUCACUAUCAACUGAACUCCGCUCAGAAUCGUUUUUUCGUAAGCAACCAUUUAUCAUUGCUUACAGGUAUACAUUAAAUUACCUAUAACAGUGACUGCACUCGUUCCCAUUAUCCUAGAACGUCUUUUUAAAUUUGUUUUCAUUCAAUACUGUACACGAACAAAGCCGAAUGAGACAGUUUGUUUUUAAUUGAGAUAGUUUUUAAUAAAUAUAUAAAUUACGACUUAAAAAGAUUUAUGUAGAUGAUUCAAUUAUUUAACUCAGAUAACUAAUUUCUCAUUUGACUAGAUAAGGUAUAGUAUUAAAAUAUGUAUAAUGGGUUUUAUUCUUUCCCACAUAAAGUUCUCCAUUGCAGACAUCUUGAUUUAAUUUUAUUUCCGACCGUACCUACUUAAUAAUAAUAUUUUGUUUUACAGCCCGAAUGGAAAAUUGUGGAUCCAAUUUGUACGUUUUUGUUCUCUAUACUUGUGUUGGUCACAACGUUUAAUAUACUCCGGGACACGAUGAUCGUGCUGAUGGAGGGUAUGCCGAAAGGUGUGAAUUUCACGGACGUACUGGAAACGUUCUUGAGCAUCGACGGCGUAGUCAGGGUACAUAAUCUCAGGGUUUGGGCUCUGAGCCCCGAUAAAAUCGCCUUGGCCGCCCACCUCGCAGUCAGUGAGUAUAAAAUGAUUUGUGUACGCUUUCUGGAAACCCUCCCCCUACAGACACACAAACACACACAACUCUAAAAAGAUUCAACCCAAGUUAUUAUCUUUGCUGCUAGUUGAAUAUUUGGCCUAAAUUCGAUUUUCCUUAUUCUCUCUUCGAUUUGUAUGUGUAUAUAUUAUAUUUCAGGAUUCUAGUGCACUCUUUUGCUCCUUUUCUUCUCGUUCCUCUAAUUAGUUGGAUAUAAACCGAAUUCUUAACUCAUGCGUGUAAACACUUCUUUUUAUUUUUGUGCAUUUAAUCUCAAGAAUAAAAUAAAUAAUGCAGUUUUCUCAUUGUUUUGCAGAUCCUGGUGUCAAUACGACCGCGGUUCUAAAACAAGCGUCGCAAAAAAUGUACAGAAAGUACAACUUUUUCGACUGUACGCUGCAGAUCGAAGAAUUCGAAACUCAAAUGGAAAACUGCAAACAGUGUCAGACACCGAAGUGCUGAUGACGACGAAGACACGAAAAUUAACACAAGUUACCUUGCAGCCGCACUCUUACCUCCCAUGUAAAAAAAAAAAAAACACAUGUGUAGUAGGUAUAUAGUAACCAUGGAGGCCUAUUUUAUUUUAUUAAUUUGUUAUACAUACAUAGUAUUGUUAUUUGAUAAAAAUAUGUAUGUAUGGCGUAAAUAUGAUUAUUUGAAUAAUAAUUUAUGUGUGUGUGUGUGUGGGUGUAUACGUGUUUAAUAAUAAUAAUUUAUUAAUAUUAUAUAAGCAUAUCAGUAAACUACAAGCCAUAAUAAUAAUAUUAUAAUACGUUUUGGUCAUUGUUUUUUGUUUAUCAUUAUUAAUUAUUAAUUCAUUAAUUAAUAAUAAUUAUAUUAUUAUCAUUUGUUUCGGUUUAUUCUCUUUCAUAUUAUAUUACAUUAUAAUAUUUCUUAAUGGUACAAUUUAAAUUUAAUAAUUACUAUUAUUAUUAAAUUCUAUAUGUUUUUAUUAUUAUCGUAGAUAUAUUAUAUUUAUUUGUUCCAGCAGUUUUUUUUUCUUCAAAUAUUUGUUUCUUACAUUAGGUUAUAUAAAUUACAGUAAUAUUGAAUUAUGUUUAAGAACAUAGAGUAAAAAUAAAAGAAAAGUUAUCAAACGGCUAUAAAUAUAUGAUUAUUAUCAAAUGGAAUACCCAAUAAUGUUGUAAGUCUGAAAAAUAAAAAACUUUUGAACAUUUGAACGUACAUUUUUAUAGUUUGUGUAUAGUUUUUUUUUUUUUUUGUUAGCCUUAUUUAUACUAUUAUUGUUUAAAUACAGUGCUAAUUAUUUAAAUAUACGAGUAUACCUAUAUAUAUAUAUAUAUAAUAUUUCGGGAACAAUAUUUUGCCAUCAAAUAUUAAUAUAAUAUAAUAUAUUAUUACUCUAUAAACGUUUUUAUUAUAUUAUAUUAACUACAACAUAUGUAUGGAAACUAUGUAUUUAAAAAUGUACAAAAUAACUUAUGAACUAAAUAUUAUAUAAAUAUACAAUUUUAUUUUAUUCAUAUUACCUAUAUAAUAAGAAUUGUUGUAAGAAAAUAUAUAUUUCUUUUUAAACUUUAUUUGUAUUAUUAAACGCCUAUAUAUUGCAUUACAAUAAUAUUUAAAAUAAACGUGCACACCUAUCAUUUAACAAUAAUAAAC